GUUGAGAACUCAUCAGAGAGGUCCGGAAGAAGUGGUAACAAAACUAGCAACAAACAUUCUGUGGGACAUGGCUUUUAAUUAUUUUAAAGUUGAUGUUAUAGAAGUGUUGCCUAUGUAUUUUAUCAAGAGAAAAUUAGAUGCAACCUUCGAAAGUGGUAUCAAACCCAGUGACCAUACCUCAACCAAUAUUCAUAAACAUCAGAUUUGAGAGCUGCAACGCAGGGGGACAACUGAGGGGAAGACUGCAGACUUGCACAUGUAAGUUUCUUACACAGACUGUAAUGUAGAUAUUGACAACUUUUUACAAUGUUUCACUGGAGAUGAUGAUUGUGAAGGAUGAUGGUGGUUGUUAAAAUUUUUAUACAAUUAUCGGAUUAUAUCAAUGCAUUAUUUUUUCCAGACAAAAUACCUUUUGUACUGAAUUACCUCUAAUUUCUUUGGACUUGACACUGACAGCAAAGAGGGCAGUCCGAAUGUAGGGUAAACAAAAUGUUUUGUUCACGUAUGCUCCGGUCACCCCCUUUUAACGUAGGUCAAUUCAAAGUACAGUCUACAAUGGAACUUAGGUUAAUAUUAACCUGCUUUGGCAUAAUUCUAUAUUUUUGUUUUGUUGCCCUUUUAUCGUUCGUUGAGUUCAUGUUUUCAGUGGACUAUUGAGUUCAUGCACUUACCCAUCCUACAGUUAGCCCUGCAGCAGAAAGUGUCAGGACUGAGUUGACUUAAGGAAAUUGUAUAACCAAUAGAAAUGUCAUUAACAGGUUUGGGCAGUGCAGUCCAGGGACUGUUUCCUUGACGGGGCCUCUGUUUUGGAAUGAUUUAGGCCUGGUCUCUGCUAUAGCAGCUGGUUCUGAAAAGUUUAUCAGGCUGGUGACAAACUUCACAUGAUCAAGAUGGAAGGAAAAAAAAUCAGUGGGAUCUUUCUCGCAUAUGUCAAGUGAAACGUCUCACUGCUCUGCAGUUCUCAUGCUACUGUACACUGUCUCUUACAGUGCUACUUUUCAGCGCGUGUAUCGAUACAAUCUUUCUGAAGUACAUGUCAAGUUUCACUUUACCUAGGUUCUCAUAGAAUUGUAACAUGCUACUUUACUGUGUCCGACUCAUUGGGUGUGGUAGACCUAUGGCCCAUUUUCCUUGCAAAACUUUCUUGACAGCUUGUCUGUGUCAAUAAAUACAUUCCUAAAUAAACCUUUCGUCUCAGUCUACAUUGCUGGCCUCAUUCCCAGGUCAAGGUCGAUCUGCAACAUACGCAGUCUGAGUGAACUUAUCGUGGAGCUUUGCCCAUAGAAGGAUCAGUGACACUGUGCGAACACACAAGCGGCUCAAAUAUCCUCCCUCCUCAAUGUUUCCCAAGCCCUUGAAGCCUCCUGCGUGCCGUCUUUAAAUAGAUAAUCACUUCAUAUUUGUGGCUGAGGGCUGUGGGGGGGGACAACCUCUGAGUGUAACGGGUGUGAAAUGGCUAGCUAGUUAGCGUUGCGCGCUAAUAGCGUUUCAAUCGGUGACGUCACUCGACCUGAGACCUUGAAGUAGUUGUUUCCCUUGCCCUGCAAAGGCCGCGGCUUUUGUGAAGCGAUAGGUAACGAUGCUUCAUGGGAGGCAGUUGUUGAUGUGUUCAGAGGGACCCUGGUUCAAGGCUAGUUUGUGGCAUGGAGAGGGCCGGAAGCAAUAUUGUUACAUGAGCAAGGUGCUUUUCAGUCACACCAGGUCUCUACAAGUGAGUCAGCAAAACAAAGAGGCUUCUCUAAUGGGGCUCAGAAGAGAGGUGGUUAGGCAAUAGACAGAUAGAAAGGGUGCCCACCAAAGUUUGAUUUAAUUCAAAGAGUAAUCUGAAAUUCAUGAAUUGAUAAUGGCCCAUUAUUUGCUAUGAGGACUUUUCAACUAAAGUGCUUGAAAUUACUGCACUCAAACUUGUUGUUAGGCUAUUCUGAUUUUUUAAGUGUCUCUCCAAAUACCCUAAUUCAACUCCAAUCCAGGUUCCUCACAGAAAGGGCCAGUUCGAACACUUUUACAUGUGAACUAACUUUUGUGUUUGCCUUUUCCCCUCUACAGAAGGGCAGCCAUGUUCCCUGAUGCCCUGGAGGCAGUUGGCCGGGUGGAGGGCUUGCCCCUGAAUCCCCCCGCAACCCCAAACUUACCCGACCCCGAUGAAGAGGAAGGCCAGAGGGAGGUGGUGCCGUGGACCAGUCCCAGGCGGAGGGCUGGCCGCUACCGCCACAGCCUGCAGAUACUGAAGCCCUUCAGGAUAACGCACAAGUAAGUACCCUAUUUUUAGGCCAGGGGUUCCCAAACUUUUUUGGCCCACGACCCCUUUUGAUAACACCGUACAACUGGCGACCGAAGUCAGCGUGCAUGCGCCCGGCCUGCCACAAGGAGUCGCUAGAGCGCGAUGGGACAAGGACAUCCCGGCUGGCCAAACCCUCCCCUAACCCGGACCAGUUCCCAGUUGUUUUGAACGCGACAUUAAUGCUCAGAGGGAGACAGCAGGCUAUUCCUUUUGAGUCAGGAACCAGCAGUUCAAUUUCACUUACCGGCAUCGCAACUGAGCCAGAAUCACAGUCAAACGGAUUGGGAAGUAGGUCCCAAAGUGCUCUUCCAAGCAUUGGAGGUGAGCAGUCAUCCCUCGUGUGGGACACUUACUGAUGCUGUUUUCUGUUAGGAAACAUGCACAGCCGAGGGAAGAGGGCAUGGUUCACUUUUGAAAGACUCUCUCUCUAAUAAGAAUUCUUUCCUCUGAAUCCACUGAUUCGGUCACUCAUCUAUAGAAUUUCCCCUGCAUGCUUGCGUUCAGUUCGUUCAGUUUCCCAAAUAUGUCUGUUACAUAGGCAAGAAGACACAUUUUAGGAAAGGAGGCACAACAGUUCCUCUCUCAAUGCGAAAAAUAUUUCCAACACUCUCCCUCGAUAACCACUAAGGCUCAGUGUGAAAUAGAACAUUGUCAUGCUCUGAUCCCAUAUCUCCACAUAGCUUUGCGAACAGGUGUGCACGCAGUGGAUGUGUUUUUUUGUAGUUUACAAUCGAAGUUACCUGCUGCAGUAUAUAGUAUCUCAGAGUUCAUUUGCUCAACUCUUUUGCCGCAAGUUGCUUUCAGUGUAUCAUACAAUGCGUCCAUAUGGCAGAGGGAGACACAUUCAUAACUAGAGUGCAGAGGCCUGCCCGCCGUCCAGCCAUAUAUGGAGCCCCAUCUGUACAAAAGCCCACCAUUCGAUCCCAUUGAAUCUGUUUUUCCUCACCAUGCAGCACACUGAACAUCCCCGUGCCGUUUCAUGCUUGGGAAUCGUGAGACAGAACAAUAUGUCCUCAUGAAUAGCAUCCCCAGACAUAUAGCAAACAAAAGUAAAUGCAUGGGCAUCUCGGCCCUCACAGCUAACAUCCAUUUGGAGAGCAUAAGCUGGGGAGUUUGAGUUGUUCAGUCAGUUUCCUUUUGAUUGCUAGCAAUAGCAUAAAUUAUUUGUUAAACAGUGUUAUCUGACAAAGGUAUUGAUGUGAGUUUAUGUGCCUCUGCCUCCCCACACAUUGUUUUCAUCAUAUCAAUUGCGGAUGGUAAUAUCAAAGUCUCUGCAAUAGUGUGUGGUUUCAUAGCGUAGCGGGUCUAGCCAUUCACCGUGGGAAUGAUUCAAGUGCAACGGUCAAGUGCUGCCUUUUCCCAUGAUGUAAGGGAGCUCUCUGGUUAAAUUUAAUCUUUUAGAUUUGAAUCAUUUUCAUUUAGAUUUUUAAGGUUAACCACAUUACAAUGAUUUUGAUAUCCAAAGAUGAUAUUAUAAUCUAUAUUUAUUUUUGUAUAUAUAUAUUUUUCAGGAUUUUGGAAAAUCUCCCGUGACCCCAUUUUAAUAUUUACAUUUACAUUUACGUCAUUUAAUAUCAGCCGACCACUCAUGGGGUCGCGACCCCUAGUUUGGGAACCGCUGUUUUAGGGCGUUUACUAAUUGGAAAUCCUGCAAUGUCGACACUGGAGACAGUGUGCCCUGCUGAGUUGUGAGUGUAUAGGGUCAAUGGCUGCAUCCCAAACGGCACCCUAUUUUCUUCAUAGUGCAGUACUUUUGACCAGAGUCCUAUAGGCCCCUGGUCAAAAGAAGUGCACUAUGAAGGGAAUAGGGUGCUGUUUGGGACUCAACUAUAGUCUUCCUGUUUCGAGCGAGAGAGCAGCAGGAGGCCAUCAUAAGGGAAUUGACUUAUCCCCCGCUAACAGAGGGCUCUGUGUUUGAAUGCACACUGACUGAUAAACUGUCCCUGAACUUUUUUCACAGCUCCCCAAGAUUUCUAUGAAGUGCCUGCAAACUGCUGUUCAAACAACGGUGGUUCAUGAUUCAUCUUUCCCCGGUCAAAGUGAAGGCUCAGGGGCUCUUUUCUUUUCUUUUCUCAGGGGCCAGUGUGUUCUCUCUCUCUCUCUCUCUCACUCGCUCGCUCGCUCUCUCUCUCUCUCUCGCUCUCUCUCUCGCUCUCUCUCUCUUGCUCGCUCUCUCUCUCUUGCUCGCUCUCUCUCUCUCUUGCUCGCUCUCUCUCUCUUGCUCGCUCUCUCUCUCUUGCUCGCUCUCUCUCGCUCUCUCUCUCUUGCUUGCUCUCUCUUGCUCUCUCUCUCUUUCUCUUUCUCUCUCUCGCUCUCUCUCUCCACCUAGAACCCAGAUGAUGCCUAGAUUUUCACUCAGUCCGUUCUAUUCUGCUCCUGUCUUUCUCUCAGGCACCAGCACCCAGUCGACAACGCUGGCCUCUUCUCCUUCAUGACUCUGCACUGGCUCACCCCACUCGCACAGAGGGCCCACAAGACAUCCAGCCUCUCCAUAGAUGAUGUAUGGGGCCUAUCCUGCCACGAGGCCUCUGAAUUCAACUGCCAGAGGUGAGGCUAUUGUCAAACAUCAAUCCCCAAGCACCCUACGGUCCAUUGACUCUCCAUAGGCUCAACAGGGUUAUUGUUUUUGUAUCUUAUCAACCCAAUGUUUUCCCCUUCAACAAACAUUUGAGGAAUCACUUUUCCUGCCCCUGUGCGAGUUAAACCAAAAACCAGAAGUGCAGCCAAGGUUUACCAGCCAGGUGCAUUGUGGGUAAUCUCAGAGUGGACCUCCACAGAGGUUGAUUGCCUGAUUGAUGAACAACCGUCUCCUUGUCUCUUCCAGGAGAGAUAUGGCGGUAGGGAGGUGGUAUUAAUAGCCUAGGAUUAGAGAUUAGGCUGUUAGAGCCUCGCUCAAUCUUGCCUACAGAGAGAACGGUUAUGUCAUUAACCCUCAUCCUCGCCUCAGUGCGGCUGCCAAAACAGCAUCUCAAGCAAUCCUUUGUGUCUUGUGUCCUCACCCUUAUGGAGGUGAAUCUGUCAUUCAUGAAUGAAUUAAUGAACAAAAGAAGGACAUGUUAAAUGGUGGAGCAUUUGUGACUCAAAUCUUUCAUGACUUCCACAUUUUGAUCAAAAGCAGAAAUUCAUGUCAGCUAGGCCUAUAACAUGCUAUAGGGGACUACAGGGGUGAGAGGCAUGAGAAGAGCUCACAGUAUGUCCCUGGCCUGGGGCCAAACGUGGCCCUGAAAACGGACACAAUGAAAUGCUUGUGCCAUGUCUGAGAGAAAGAGUGGAGGGUUUAACUUUGUGUUUACAUGGCUAGAACAGUUAUGCAACACAACUCCCAAAGAGAGGGGGAUGGGAGAGGAGCCAGAGAGCCCCCUGGGAAAGUUGACACUUGAGUGCCAAAAGAAGGUGCUAUUCAUGAAACGCUAGCAGACUAGACCCUAGCUGCAUUCAGUCACCGCAUUUGUUUUCUUAGGCACGUUUUUUCUUAGGCUAGCCGGUACAAAGUGUGGCUAUUAGGCUGACAUUUUGCAGCACCAAAUUUUUAUUGUAUUACUUUGAGUAUUAUUAAGACAAGUUAAAGGUGAUUUUAUAGUUGCUUUACAGUGGGGGAAAAAAGUAUUUAGUCAGCCACCAAUUGUGCAAGUUCUCCCACUUAAAAAGAUGAGAGAGGCCUGUAAUUUUCAUCAUAGGUACACGUCAACUAUGACAGACAAAAUGAGGAAAAAAAAUCCAGAAAAACACAUUGUAGGAUUUUUUAUGAAUUUAUUUGCAAAUUAUUGUGGAAAAUAAGUAUUUGGUCACCUACAAACAAGCAAGAUUUCUGGCUCUCACAGACCUGUAACUUCUUCUUUAAGAGGCUCCUCUGUCCUCCACUCGUUACCUGUAUUAAUGGCACCUGUUUGAACUUGUUAUCAGUAUAAAAGACACCUGUCCACAACCACAAACAGUCACACUCCAAACUCCACUAUGGCCAAGACCAAAGAGCUGUCAAAGGACACCAGAAACAAAAUUGUAGACCUGCACCAGGCUGGGAAGACUGAAUCUGCAAUAGGUAAUUAGCUUGGUUUGAAGAAAUCAACUCUGGGAGCAUUUAUUAGGAAAUGGAAGACAUACAAGACCACUGAUAAUCUCCCUCGAUCUGGGGCUCCAUGCAAGAUCUCACCCCGUGGGGUCAAAAUGAUCACAAGAAUGGUGAGCAAAAAUCCCAGAACCACACGGGGGGACCUAGUGAAUGACCUGCAGAGAGCUGGGACCAAAGUAACAAAGCCUACCAUCAGUAAAACACUACGCCGCCAGGGACUCAAAUCGUGCAGUGCCAGACGUGUCCCCCUGCUUAAGCCAGUACAUGUCCAGGCCCGUCUGAAGUUUGCUAGAGUGCAUUUGAAUGAUCCAGAAGAGGAUUGGGAGAAUGUCAUAUGGUCAGAUGAAACCAAAAUAGAACGUUUUGGUAAAAACUCAACUCGUCGUGUUUGGAGGACAAAGAAUGCUGAGUUGCAUCCAAAGAACACCAUACCUACUGUGAAGCAUGGGGGUGGAAACAUCAUGCUUUGGGGCUGUUUUUCUGCAAAGGGACCAGGACGACUGAUCCGUGUAAAGGAAAGAAUGAAUGGGGCAAUGUAUCGUGAGAUUUUGAGUGAAAACCUCCUUCCAUCAGCAAGGGCAUUGAAGAUGAAACGUGGCUGGGUCUUUCAGCAUGACAAUGAUCCCAAACACACCGCCCGGGCAACGAAGGAGUGGCUUCGUAAGAAGCAUUUCAAGGUCCUGGAGUGGCCUAGCCAGUCUCCAGAUCUCAACCCCAUAGAAAAUCUUUGAAGGGAGUUGAAAGUCCGUGUUGCCCAGCGACAGCCCCAAAACAUCACUGCUCUAGAGGAGAUCUGCAUGGAGGAAUGGGCCAAAAUACCAGCAACAGUGUGUGAAAACCUUGUGAAGACUUACAGAAAACGUUUGACCUGUGUCAUUGCCAACAAAGGGUAUAUAACAAAGUAUUGAGAAACUUUUGUUAUUGACCAAAUACAUAUUUUCCACCAUAAUUUGCAAAUAAAUUCAUAAAAAAUCCUACAAUGUGAUUUUCUGGAUUUUUUUCCCUCAUUUUGUCUGUCAUAGUUGACGUGUACCUAUGAUGCAAAUUACAGGCCUCUCUCAUCUUUUUAAGUGGGAGAACUUGCACAAUUGGUGGCUGACUAAAUACUUUUUUUCCCCACUGUAUGUGCAAUUACACUCUAUAGUGCACUACAACUAGACUCUUUUCAACAUUACAGACAGUGGACGGGAUUUAAUUUAAUGUAGACUCAAUCCUUUGGGGCUUUUUACAGGCUUGAUAGGCUUCUCUCUAAGUUAAACUGCUUGGUGUAUCGCCCAUUGAUAUCAGUUCAAACCAAGAACUCCAAAGGAUAUAUAUUUACACUAAGCUUUGAAUGUUUCAUUUCCUGCAAACCUCUCUCUGCAUAGAUGGCUUAGUGUAGCUAUUGUGCUAAUUGUAAUUUCUCACUCAGCUCCGAUGUAAAUGUGAAUUAAAGUAGUAAUUAACUGCCGCGGGAGAAUGUGCUCGGGUUAGUGCACUUUAUAUCUCUGUAACGUUUUUAAUAAAUCCAUUAACACAUCAAUUAGAUGUGGCAGCUGCUCUAUCCCUCUCUUUUUCCAGCCAUUAGGAAUGAUCCAUUUUGUCAAAAAGGCAUUUUUCCCUCUUUAUGGGGAAAAUAGUGCAUUAACACAUAUUUAACAUGUUUGCGUGUAUUGCUCACGUGACAAUUAUCCUACGUGCCAUCCAUUCUCAACUCCCAAUGGGCUCGUUGGCCGUUGCUGUGAUUAAGCUGACCCACAAUGUUAAAUUAGUCCAUUUAGUGUAAAAUACUGGUAUGAAAUAUGCAUUUUUCCAAGAUAGUAAUUUUGUCCUCAAAAAAAAAAAAAUGUCAUCACCAUUAGCUGAUCUAUGACCUUCAUCUGUCUGCAUAGUGCGUACUAAUUUGGAAAGAUGUACACAGGUACAGUGCAUUCAGAAAGUAUUCAGACCCCUUGACUUUUUCCACAUUUUGUUACGUCACAGCCUUAUUCAUACAUCCGGCCCUUCAUUGGACACUGUUAACAAACCUCCAAACGAGCUUCAAUGCCAUACAACACUCCUUCCGUAGCCUCCAACUGCUCUUAAAUAAUAAUAAUAAUAUGCCAUUUAGCAGACGCUUUUAUCCAAAGCGACUUACAGUCAUGCGUGCAUACAUUUUUGUGUAUGGGUGGUCCCGGGGAUCGAACCCACUACCUUGGCGUUACAAGCGCCGUGCUCUACCAGCUGAGCUACAGAGGACCACAACACUAGUAAAACUAAAUGCAUGCUCUUCAAACGAACGCUGCUGGCACCCGCCCACCCGACUAGAAUCUCUACUCUCGACGGGUCUGACCUAGAGUAUGUGGACAACUACAAAUACCUAGGUGUCUGGUUAGACUGUAAACUCUCCUUACAGACUCACAUUAAGAAUCUCCAAUCCAAAGUUAAAUCUAGAAUCUGCUUCCUAUUUCGCAACAAAGCCUCCUUCACUCAUGCUGCCAAACAUGCCCUUGUAAAACUGACUAUCCUACCGAUCCUCGACUUCGGCGAUGUCAUUUACAAAAUAGCCUCCAACACUCUACUCAGCAAAUUGGAUGUAGUCUAUCACAGUGCCAUCCAUUUUGUCUCCAAAGCCCCAUACACUACCCACCACUGUGACCUGUACGCUCUUGUUGGCUGGUCCUCACUACAUGUUCGUCGCCAAACCCACUGGCUCCAGGCCAUCUAUAAAUCACUGCUAGGCAAAUCCCCGCCUUACCUUAGCUCAUUGGUCACCUUAGCAACACCCACCCGUAGUAUGCGCUCCAGCAGGUAUAUCUCACUGGUCAUCCCCAAAGCCAACACCUCCUUUGGCCGCCAUUCCUUCCAGUUCUCUGCUGCCAAUGACUGGAACGAAUUGCAAAAAUCUCUGAAGCUGGAGACUCUUAUCUCCCUCACUAACUUUAAGCAUCAGUUAUCAGAGCACCUUACCGAUCACUGCACCUGUACACAGCCCAUCUGAAAUUAGGCCACCCAACUACCUCAUCCCUAUAUUGUUAUUUAUUUUGCUCAUUUGCACCCCAGUAUCUCUAUUUGCACAUCAUCUCUUGCACAUCUGUCAUUCCAGUGUUAAUACUAAUUGUAAUUAUUUUGCACUAUAGCCUAUUUAUUGCCUUACCUCCAUAACUUGCUACAUUUGCACACACUGUAUAUAUAUUUUCUGUUCAAAUAUUUUUUAUUGAACACACACAAGAAUGGUGUAUAGGUAUGAAAGACAUGUGUACAGUUCUUAUCUAAACAUAAGAGAACAGACAUGAACAACAAGACCCAGAGUUCUGGACAUAAAACAAAUAUUACAAAACACGACAUACAGAACAGGGACAGGUAGAAAGAAAAAGGGUAGAUGUAACCCCCCCACUUAUACCCCCCUUUAUCCCCCCCCCCCCCCUAUUCCACCCUAUUCCCCUCCCGACUGCUCGAGUGUCGGGGCCAGCACACGCUGCCCAAAGGUGUAUAUAAAUAUGACAAUUGAGAGUGCGUUAAAAAGUACAAAUUCACAGCACCGACUGGUCCAGGUAAGAGAGGAAAGGCUGCCAGAUUUGAUCAAAUGUUGAUAAUUUAUUGUUCAGAAUAUAUCUAAUUCUUUCUAAGUGUACAGUUUUUGCCACUUCGCUGAGCCAUAAUUUGGUAGAGGGCGCUUCCCUCCUUUUCCAAAACAACAAGAUUAAUUUUUUUGCCGAGAUGAGACUGUAAGAGAUUAGUUGUUUUUGGGAGUUGGUUAAUCCGUUUAGGGAGUCGGACACUCCCAGGAUUAUCAGAAGCGGGUCUGGGUCUAUUGAAGUCUCCAGAACUUCAGAGAGGACCCCAAAUAUUCCGCACCAAUAACCAUACAGACUAGAGCAUAGGGCAAAGCAGUGGAGUAGUGUACCCUGCUCAGCCUGACAUUUAUCACACAUAGGGGAUGUAUCAGGAAAUAUCCUAUGCAGUUUAGUUUUGGAAUAGUGUAAUCUGUGUAGUACCUUAAAUUGUAUGAGACGAUGUCUGGAGUUAAUGGAGCAGGUGUGGAUAUACUCCAAGCUAUCCUCCCAGUCUGCCACCGAAAUAUCAGUCCCUAGUUCUUCCUCCCAUUUUGCCUUAAUGGCAUCUGUAGAGGGUGCGCUAACAGAUUGAAAAGCGUCAUAUAGACGAGAUAUCAGUUUGUCUGAGGUGGGGCAUAUUUUUAUGCAUCCGUCAAACAUGGAAGGUUUAGCAUUCUCAAAUGUUGGGAGGUGUUUUCUAACAUAGUCUCUAAUUUGUAGGUAUCUGAAAAAGUUACUUCUGGGAAGGUUAUAAGUUUCCCUCAGCGCUUCAAAGGAAGCAAAGGUCCCUCCUAUAUAUAAAUCCCCUAUGGUACUUAUCCCCAACUCUCCCCAUCGCUCAAAGGUGUUAUCAAGGUUAGAGGGGGCAAAGGAGGGAUUCCUGGGAACAGGGAGCAUGAAUGAUAUUGGUCUAAGCUCAAAGUGGACUUUAAUUUGCUUCCAGAUUCGGACUGUGCUAUGUAUAAUAGGAUUGUUAUGGUAAAGUGACAUCUCCAGAUUAACAGGUGACAAAAUCACGGCACCAAUAGAGAAGGGGUGACACUCCUCCCGCUCCAUGCUAAGCCAGCUGGGUGGCGGGGUUGCGUCAUCCAGCAAAAACGUAACAGCGCGGAGGUUAGCGGCCCAAUAGUAAAAUAUAAAAUUUGGGAGAGACAAUCCUCCUUCCAUCUUGGAUUUACAUAGGUGUUUUUUACCUAUCCUGUGUGUUUUAUAAUCCCAGAUGAAAGGAUUGAUAAUAGAGUCCAGUUGUUUAUGAAAUGAUUUAGGUAUGAAUACUGGGAUGUUCUGGUAUAGGUAGAGCAGUUGUGGGAGGAAGACCAUUUUAAUGGCAUUAAUUCUUCCGAGCAGAGAAAUUGGGAGAGUUCUCCAAAACUGUAUGUUUGCCUUGAGAUUUUGCAUCAGAGAAGGGAAAUUCUCUUUAAAUAGUGAGGAGUAUUGUUUGGUAACUACAAUUCCAAGGUAGAUAAAUUUUUCAGAAGAUAACUUAACUGGAAGAUGUUCUAGCCAGGAGGUGUUUUGCAACCGUAUGGGCAUUAAUUCACUCUUGUUCCAAUUUAUUCUGUAUCCCGAGAAGGUACCAAACAAAUUAAUCACCUCAAGAAUAGCUGGAAUACUAGCUUGGGGUUCUGUUACAUAGAGGAGAAUAUCAUCUGCAUAUAGGGAAAUCUUAUUUAGAGUAUCUUUAGUAUUAUAGCCGUGUAUUGCUGAAUUAGAUCUGAUCGCUUGAGCGAGAGGUUCAAUAAUUAGGGCGAAGAGCAUAGGCGACAGCGCACACUGUAUAUAUAUUUUCUGUUGUAUUUUUGACUUUAUGUUUUGUUUUACCCCAUAUGUAACUCUGUGUUGUUGUUUUUAUCGCACUGCUUUGCUUUAUCUUGGCCAGGUCGCAGUUGUAAAUGAGAACUUGUUCUCAACUGGCUUACCUGGUUAAAUAAAGGUGAAAUAAAAAUAAAUAAAUAAAAUUCUAAAAUGGAUUAAAUAAAUAAAUAAAUCGUCAUCAAUCUACACACAAUACCCCAUAAUGACAAAGCGAAAACAGUAGAAUUUAACAAAUGAUGGGCAUUUUCAGGCGGCGUUAUAAUGCUUGUUCACACGCGCACAGUUUUACGAUGUGUCUGAUUUAUAACGGAAACAUGCAUAUGUAUGGCGUGGGCCAAGUUUAUAAAUUGCUAUAUUUUUGUGUGUGCGCAGUCUUUUCAGAAAUGGCGCAUGCAGAUAUUUAGUGUAAAAUUUAGGGCAACGGUUCUAAUUGAGGCCCAGGUGUUUUUGCCAUCCCUCGAAUAGGAAAAGGCAAGAACUGGGUGAAGGCUAAUCAGAUCCUAGAUCUGUGAUCAAGAGCAACUAUUGCCAUGGUCUCAAGUUUCUUCUGUCCAUCUUAACUCCCCCCUCUCUCUCUCUCCUCUCUCUCUCUCCCUCCUAUGGUCAGACUGGAGAACCUGUGGCAUGAUGAGCUGAAACAGAAUGGGAAAGACGGGGCAUCACUGUCUCGCGUAUUCUGGAAGUUCUGCCAGACCCGCAUGCUGGUUGCCAUCUGGUCUCUCCUCAUCACCAUGGUCACCGGCUUCGUGGGGCCUGUAAGUACACUCCAAAUCCCUCCUGCUUUCUUUCUGUCUUUGUUUUCUGCUGCAGCCCUCAUUCUGUCUGCAUACUGGCUCAGAGACUGGGGAUGCGUUCCACAUAAUGCCCUAUUCCCUAUGUAGUGCUCUACUUUUGACCAGGGCCUGUAGUGCACUCUACAGGGAAUAGAAUGCCAUUCGGGACAUACCCUAGCUCUAAGUUAGUGUAUAUAUAUUUCUUAAGCACUUUAUCCAAUUUCACGCUGGUCUGAAAAUUGAAAUGAAAACAUACCAGAAGAUUAGAAAGCUUUAGAUGGUGAAACCCAUAUUAAUCCUCCAGAUUAGCCACUGGUACCACAGUCGCUAUUUGUCCCAGAAAUAGGCUGUUCUUUUACAACUGCCACACUUUGGACUUCCAAUUCCCCCUCCUCCUACCUAAAGUACCCCAAAUUAGCCUUGAACAGCAGUGAAACAUGCUGAUAUUGCAGUACAAUGCGGGCGCUUAUUACAGCCAUAUUAAAUACAAUUUCAGAUGAAAGGCAAAGGUCGGAGUUCCCCAAUAUUAUUGAGUGGCUGUAUUGUUUCCAACACCUCUGGAUGUCCUGCUAGGGCUAUGUGUGGCAUGCUACUGUACGUGCUAGCAGCUUUCCUCAUUCCACUAAUUAUUAACUGGAUUUGCAAGUUACACAAUGACUCGUUUGACUCACAUUCCUGUCUGGGUGCCUUGGGAAAUUAUUCACACCUCUUGACUUUUUCCUCAUCAAUCUACACACAAUACCCUGUAAUGACGAAGCAAAAACAGGUUUUUGGAAUUUUUUGCUAAUUUAUUAAAAAUAAAAAACUGAAAUAUCCUAUUUACAUGUUUACAAGUACUUUGUUGAAGCACCUUUGGCAGCGAUUACAUCAUCAAUUCUUCUUGGGUAUGACACCACAAGCUUGGCACACCUGUAUUUGGGUAGUUUCUCUCAUUCUUCUCUGCAGAUCCUCUCAAGCUCUGUCAGGUUGGAUAGAUGUUCGAUCGGGUUCAAGUCCGGGCUCUGGCUGAACCACUCAAGGUAAUUCAGAGACUUGUCCUGAAGCCACUCCUGCGUUGUCUUGGCUGUGUGCUUAGGGUCGUUGUCCUGUUAGAAGGUGAACCUUUGCCCCAGUUUGAGGUCCUGAGCGCUCUGGAGCAGGUUUUCAUGAAGGAUCUCUCUGUACUUUGCUCCGUUCAUCUUUCCCUCGAUCCUGUCUAGUGUAUCAGUCCCUGCUGCUGAAAAACAUUCCCACAGCAUGAUGCUGCCACCACCAUGCUUCACCGUAGGGAUGGUGCCAGGUUUCUUCCAUACGUGAAGCUUGGCAUUCAGGCCAAAUAGUUCAAUCUUGGUUUCAUCAGACCAGACAAAAUUGUUUCUCAUGGCCUGAGAGUCUUUAGGUGCCUUUUGGCAAACUCCAAGCGGGCUGUCAUUUGCCUUUUACUAAGGAGUGGCUUCCGUCUGGCCACUCUACCAUAAAGGCCUGAUUGGUGGAGUGCUGCAGAGAUGGUUAUCUUUCUAGCAGGUUCUCCCAUCUCCACAGAGGAACUCUAGAGCUCUGUCAGAGUGACCAUCAUGUUCUUGGUCACCUCCCUGACCCAAGGCCCUUCUCCCCCGAUUGCUCAGUUUUGCCGGGCGGCCAGCUCUAGGAAGAGUUUUUGGUGGUUCCAAACAUCUUCCAUUUAAGAAUGAUGGAGGCACUGUUCUUGGGAACCUUCAAUGCUGCAGAAAUUUGUUGGUACCCUUCCCCAGAUCUGUGCCUCGACACAAUCCUGUCUCUGGGCUCUAUUGACCUUAUUGCUUGGUUUUUGCUCUGACAUGCACUGUCAACUGUGGGACCUUAUAAACUCAGCAAAUAAAUAAACGUCCCUUUUUCAGGACCCUCUUUCAAAGAUAAUUCGUAAAAAUCCAAAUAACUUCACAGAUCUUCAUUGUAAAGGGUUUAAAUACUGUUUCCCAUGCUUGUUCAAUGAACCAUAAACAAGUAAUGAACAUGCACCUGUGGAACGGCUUACAGACGGUAGGCAAUUAAGGUCACAGUUAUGAAAACUUAGGACACUAAAGAGUCCUUUCUACUGACUCUGAAAAACACCGAAAGAAAGAUGCCCAGGGUCCCUGCGUGAAUGUGCCUUAGGCAUGCUGCAAGGAGGCAUGAGGACUGCAGAUAUGGCCAGGGCAAUAAAUUGCAAUGUCCGUACUGUGAGACGCCUAAGACAGCGCUACAGGGAGACAGGACGGACAGCUGAUCGUCCUCGCAGUGGCAGACCACGUGUAACAACACCUGCACAGGAUUGGUAUAUCCGAACAUCACACCUGCGGGACAGGUACAGGAUGGCAACAACAACUGCCCGAGUUACACCAGGAACGCACAAUCCCUCCAUCAGUGCUCAGACUGUCCGCAAUAGGCUGAGAGAGGCUGGACUGAGGGCUUGUAGGCCUGUUGUAAGGCAGGUCCUCACCAGACAUCACCGGCAACAACGUUGCCUAUGGGCACAAACCCACCGUCGCUGGACCAGACAGGACUGGCAAAAAGUGCUCUUCACUGACAAGUCGCGGUUUUGUCUCACCAGAGGUGAUGGAUUCGCGUUUAUCGCCGAAGGAAUGAGCGUUACACCGAGGCCGGUACUCUGGAGUGGGAUUUAUUUGGAGUUGGAGGGUCCAUCAUGGUCUGGGGAGGUGUGUCACAGCAUCAUCGGACUGAGCUUGUUGUCAUUGCAGGCAAUCUCAACGCUGUGCGUUACAGGGAAGACAUCCUCCUUCCUCAUGUGGUACCCUUCCUGCAGGCUCAUCCUGACAUGACCCUCCAGCAUGACAAUGCCACCAGCCAUACUGCUCGUUCUGUAUGAGAUUUCCUGCAAGACAGGAAUGUCAGUGUUCUGCCAUGGCCAGCGAAGAGCCCGGAUCUCAAUCCCAUUGAGCACGUCUGGGACCUGUUGGAUCGGAGGGUGAGGGAUAGGGCCAUUCCCCCCAGAAAUGUCUGGGAACUUGCAGGUGCCUUGGUGGAAGAGUGGGGUAACAUCUCACAGCAAGAACUGGCAAAUCUGGUGCAGUCCAUGAGGAGGAGAUGCACUGCAGUACUUAAUGCAGCUGGUGGCCACACCAGAUACUGACUGUUACUUUUAAUUUUGACCCCCCCCCCCCCAAAGUUCAGGAACACAUUAUUCAAUUUCUGUUAGUCACAUGUCUGUGGAACUUGUUCAGUUUAUGUCUCAGUUGUUGAAUUUUGUUAUGUUCAUACAAAUAUUUACACAUGUUAAGUUUGCUGAAAAUAAACGCAGUUGACAGUGAGAGGAUGUUUCUUUUUUUGCUGAGUUUACAGACAGGUGUGUGCCUUUCCAAAUCAUGCCCAAUCAAUUGAAUUUACCACAGGUGGACUCAAAUCAAGUUGUAGAAACAUCUCAAGGAUGAUCAAUGGGAACAGGAUGCACCUGAGCUCAAUUUCGUGUCUCAUCGCAAAGGGUCUGAAUACCUAUGUAAAUAAGGUAUUUCUGUUUUUUAUUUUUAAUACAUUUGCAAAACUUUCUAAAAACCUGUUUUCGCUUUGUCAUUAUGGGGUAUUGUGUGUAGAUUGAUGAGAAUUGUUUUUAUUUAAUCCAUUUUAGAAUAAGGUUAAUGUAACAAAAUGUGGAAAAAGUCAAGGGGUAUGAAUGCACUGUUGAUCCAGUGUAGAUCCAUAUGGCUCAAUCCCAAAUGAAAGGGAAAGAUAGGCACCAUCUAAUGUCAUCAUUUAAGACUGUGCCUAUCUUUCAAAUUGUCCUUCCAAAGUCUCCAGUUCACUCUACGUCUGUGAUGUCCUCCUCAAUUUCCUUCUUGUAUUUCUCUAAUCUGGCUCAAAAUGUUCUCCCUUUCUGCUUACUCUUCUUUCCUCUCCUCCUUCCUCUCUCUCUCCUACUCUUCUUUCCUCUCCUCCUUCCUCUCCCUCUCCUACUCUUCUUUCCUCUCCUCCUUCCUCUCUCUCUCCUACUCUUCUUUCCUCUCCUCCUUCCUCUCCCUCUCCUACUCUUCUUUCCUCUCCUCCUUCCUCUCCCUCUCCUACUCUUCUUUCCUCUCCUCCUUCCUCUCUCUCUCCUACUCUUCUUUCCUCUCCUCCUUCCUCUCCCUCUCCUACUCUUCCUUUCUUACCUCUCCCUUUCCCACUCCCACCUCAUUCCCAUUCCCAGGCUCUCCUGGUGCGUGGCCUGCUGGAGUAUUGUGAGAGUGCGGAGGCCUGGCUGCCCUACGGCCUCUCCCUAGUGGCAGGGAUCUUCCUGAUGGAGCUGAUGCGUUCCUGGUCGCUGGCGCUCAUGUGGGCCGUCAAUUACCGCACUGCCGCUCGCCUCCGGGGUGCAGCGCUCACAUUCGCCUUCCACAAGAUCCUCCGCCUGCGCAGCACCAAAGACAUCAGUGCCGGAGAGGUGAGUGUUUGUUUGCCUGGUCCCAGAACUGUUUGUGCUGUAUAGCCAACUCCUAUGGUCAUUGUCAUGCCUGGUCCCAAACAGAUCUGCGAACAGGCUAUGGUGUUUGUGUGAUGGUGGACCAAAUCAACCCCUUACCCCUCAGACAUUGCCUUCAGUUCUGAAAGUGAAAUGCACUUCUAGUGGUUACAUUGCCGCUGCGUCUCAGAUAACAAAUAGUUGCAUUGUAUUAGUUUGAUUGAAACAAACAAUGAAAAAAAAAACAUCCCACACACUGCAAAGUAUAAUUUUGUAUCAUGCCAACGUCUCAGCCCUUUGUCCAUGCACUACUAUUGUAGGUUAUUCUCAUUGCAGCAUUUCAGGAUUCUGUGGGUUAAUUUCAUUCUCUUCUUUGACUCACUAUGUCCUUGUGAAGUAAAUGGUCUGUUCAAUGUGUCCUCUUAACAUUCUGCGUCAAUGUCCCUCCCUACAGCUGAUCAACAUCUGCUCCAGCGAUGGCCAGCGGGUAUACGAGGCAGUCUCAGUGGGCUGUCUGCUGGCCGGGGGCCCGCUGGUGGGCGUCCUGGGUCUGUCCUACACUUCUUACUUUCUGGGACCCACUGCACUGGUCGGAUCAGCCAUCUUCAUCUUCUUCUACCCUGCUAUGGUAGGAAGUCCUCCACAUGUGUACUAACAAAGGAAUGCACACAUUAUGAAAGGAAGUGCACACUAACGAAAAAAUCUGAACUGAUGUCUAAAGGAAAGUUACUCCACUCUCCUAUGACACUGUUUUCAUGAACUCAGAGGCAUCUUAGUGCUACCUUUUCAUACAGUUUAUGUAUUUAGCAACAAAGCUUUAGUUACUCAAAAAAAGAAUCCACUAUGAAAGUAAACAUUAUUUUGCCAGCAGAGUGCUACUUGGAGCAUGAUUCCUCUCAACUUAUUUAAUUCUCAGCACUUAGUCUUUCCUGUUUAUAGUAUUAGUCAUGAACAGCAUCAUAUUUCCCCAUAACUGUAGGAACUAAAGUGAACGCCCUUCACUUCACAGACCGUUAUCCUUUACAACACAGUUGUAUGGAUUUUGGGGAUGUUAAAGAGCAAUUCUGCCACAUUUCAAUCUCAUAUUCAUCAUCUCCAGCAGCAAGCCAGUGUCUUUGUGUGUGAAAACAGCGUGUUUCUAUGAUCUGUGGUUAAAAAGAUAAGAAGAAAGGUCCUAAAAAAUGCUUCUCUGUGACAUCACAGGGUAGGUAAAAAAAAACUGUGAUUGUCAAAACCUGCAAUGAGUUUCUAGCCCAAGAGAGGGUAUUUUCUUGCUCCCCAGGUCACCGCGAAUCUGUGUUUGAAAAUCACUGUUUUUAUAAUGUUUUAACUUUUGAUGUUGUCAUCGGGUAGAACAUUUUAACUUGAUUUGUUUCUACAAAACUUACAAAUACACUGUUUUCACAUAUGUUGACACUGGUAUUGUGCUGGAGAUAAUUAAAUUGAGGUUGAGUUGCCCUUUAACUUCCCCAAAACUCUCCGCCUGCCAAUCUCCUGUCGACUUUGCUGUUGUUACUCUUUCAAUUGAAUUAGCUUCAGUCUGAAGCCUGCCUGUUGGGGACCUUUGCCUUGAUGUGGAAGCCGUUUAUAGGCUGUUCCCUGCAGUAACCCUGCCGUACAGCUGAUGCAAUAUGGCUGUAACCUUGUCCUAAAUGGAACCCUAUUCCCUAUACUGUGCACUACUUUUGACCAGGGCCCAUGGGGCUCUGUUCAAAAGUAGUGCACUAGGGGAAACAUGGGGACGUAGACUGUCUGCCUUCAUUUCUCCUCUGUUCCUUCUUUUCUUGCUUCUCUGUAUCCGGGACAGAUGCUGGCGUCGCGUCUCACAGCGUAUUUCCGUAAGAAGUGCGUGGUAGUGACAGACCGGCGCGUGAGGCUCAUGAACGAGAUCCUUGGCUGUAUCAAGUUCAUCAAGAUGUAUUGCUUGGAAAACGCUUUCGCUCAGAACAUCCACAGUGAGUGAUUGGUAACGCUCACACACAAACACAUACACACACACAGGGCUUGUAUUGGUUUUUUUCUGGUCAGGUCACGUGGUGAGGAAAAACACCAGGCUAGUCAUCAUGUUUAUAGCACAGGGCCAGUGACUCAGCAGUCAUCAUGUUUAUAGCACGGGGCCAGUGACUCAGCAGUCAUCAUGUUUAUAGCACGGGGCCAGUGACUCAGCAGUCGUCAUGUUUAUAGCACGGGGCCAGUGACUCAGCAGUCGUCAUGUUUAUAGCACGGGGCCAGUGACUCAGCAGUCGUCAUGUUUAUAGCACGGGGCCAGUGACUCAGCAGUCAUCAUGUUUAUAGCACGGGGGCCAGUGACUUUGCAGUCAUCAUGUUUAUGGCACGUGCCCAGUGACUCGGCAGUCCUCAUGUUUCUGGCACGGGGCCAGUGAUUUUGCAGUCAUCAUGUUUAUGGCACGGGGCCAGUGACUCAGCAGUCAUCAUGUUUCUUGCACUGGGCUAGUGACUCAGCAGUCAUCAUGUUUAUGGCACGUGCCCAGUGACUCGGCAGUCCUCAUGUUUCUGGCACGGGGGCCAGUGAUUUUGCAGUCAUCAUGUUUAUGGCACGGGGCCAGUGACUCAGCAGUCAUCAUGUUUCUUGCACUGGGCUAGUGACUCAGCAGUCAUCAUGUUUAUGGCACGUGCCCAGUGACUCGGCAGUCCUCAUGUUUCUGGCACGGAGGCCAGUGACUCAGCAGUCAUCAUGUUUAUGGCACGGAGGCCAGUGACUCAGCAGUCAUCAUGUUUAUGGCACGGGGCCAGUGACUCAGAAGUCAUGUUUAUGGCACGGGUCCAGUGACUCAGAAGUCAUGUUUAUGGCACGGGUCCAGUGACUCAGCAGUCAUCAUGUUUAUGACACAGGGCCAGUGACAUGACUCACUUCCUGUUUUUGCGUCUGGGUUAGGGUGAUUAUUUCCAGCUGAGAAUGCGCCUCUUCUUCUGUUCGUACUGCCUUAAUUUUACUUUAUUUACAUUUUCCUCUCUGUCAGGCCAAUUCUAUUUCAAUUCCAGUCAGUCCAGGAAAUUCAACCCGUUACCUGAAAUCCAUUAGUUCAAAUCCUCCAAUCAUCAAUUCAAAUUAGAUUCAUCCCCGGAAUUGACCCGGCAACUCCAUUUCCGUUAGGUUCCAUUGGCUCAGAUUCCCUCCAUGGCUUCCCAUAUUACGCAAGCCCUGAUUGGAUCCCUGUGCCCCAAGUUUAAUUUGAAAAGUGUUUAAAGCUCUUUGAUACCUAAGACCUGCAGAGGGUUGUUCCACUUAGAGGAGAUUGAAGAAUUAGAGGGGGGUUGGGUGCAUUUCUCACGAGGCUCUGCCUUACAUUGUGGAUAAGAAGCGUUUGGUGUUUUUAAUCAUGACUGUAAUUAGCCAGGUGGGAUGCUUAUCCUCAUGUCACCCCACUGUUUGGAUAAUAGUAAUAAUACCCAUUAUUAUGAUCAUUAAUUGGACAUUCAUCUUAAGGGUUACCUAGUGUUAAAUAUCAAGAGUUCUGAUAUCAUUCUCUUCAGUUAGUGUUGUUCGUUUACAGCCAUAUUCCACCUGCUGAUAAAAAUAUACAUAGCAUACAUAGCAGCUUCUACAAAGGCAAUGCAAUUGUAAUGUAUUAUCUACAGUAGGUAAGAGUAAAUCUAACAACACUGCUGUGAGUCCCUGGAGAAUAAUAUGAAAUGUGUUAGGAGGAGUGGAGUCAUGUAGCUUUCCUGGAGCACUUAGUAGCCUUGGCUGUGUUAGAAAGAAAGAAACCUUGGCUUGGAGCCAGAGUGCACUGAAUGGACUGUUGAAAGAAGCAGCCAGCACAUGCAUUUGGGAGAUGUACACAAUCAUGGAUGACAGGGCACUUGACUUGGACAACUGCCAAUGGCCCACAAUUUUAAAAGUCAAUUUCAUACCAUUUAUGGCCGCGAGGCCCAACUUGUCUCUUUUAUUUCUGGCCAUGACUGGAAGUGUCUCUCUAAUGUUGUUUGGGGCUGAAUAUAAACUGUACUGUGCCAGGCUUAAGUUCCUGAAAGACUCUACAGUGGUAAUACAAGACGAGCUCAUUGUCUGUUUUCUGUCUGUUCUCUCGCUCUCUCUCUCUCUGUUACUCUCUUGCUCGCUCGCUCUUUCUGUCACUCUCUCGCUCUCUCUCUGUCACUCUCUCACUCUCUUUCUCUCUCUCUCUCUCUCUCUCUCUGUCACUCUCUCGUGCUCUCUCUCUCUCUUUCUCUACCCCCUGCUCUCUCUCUCUCUCUUUCUCCCCCCCAGAGGUGCGAUCAGAGGAGAGGGGGAUACUGGAGAGGGCUGGUUGUGUUCAGAGCCUCACAGUGGGCGUGGCCCCCAUUGUCGUGGUGAUCGCCAGUGUCUGCACAUUCACACUACACAUGGCCCUGGGUUAUGACCUCACUGCAGCCCAGGUAAACCCCUCCCCUUAGCUGUAAUUAGCUUUUCAAGAGUCAAGUGACUUCAAUAUCUACCAGUAGCUUUUGUUGUUUGAAUCAAUAGAAAGCUCCCAGGUAGCUUAGUGGGUAAGAGCGUUGUGCCAGUAACCGGAAGGUCGCUGGUUCUAAUCCCCGAGCCGACUAGGUGAAAAAUCUGUCGAUGUGCCCUUAAGCAAGGCACUUAACCCUAAUUGCUCCUGUAAGUCGCUCUGGAUAAGAGCGUCUGCUAAAUGACUAAAAUGUAAAUGUAAAUAUGUGGAAUUUCACUAAAUGAACUCUACUUAACCCCUCCCCCCUAUGUUGCUCCCUUCAGGCCUUCACCGUUGUUGCUGUCUUCAACUCCAUGACCUUUGCCCUCAAAGUCACGCCCUUGGCUGUACGAGCAAUAUCAGAGGGUUCUGUGGCAGUCAACCGAUUUCAGGUAAAAGAAAGACAGAGAUCGUUGUACAAAAUUGGGAAUGAUUGUAGAGUUCAGUCAGCAUGGGCUGUUGUCAGCAUAACACUUCCAAAUGGACAUAUUAAUUAAUUUGUCUUCUCCUCAUAUCAUACAAUAUAUCAUAUGUCAUGUCAUGUCAACAGAGACUCUUCUUGAUGGAGGACCGAGAGGUUGUGGUGGCCCAAACGGACGACCCGAUGAAUGCCGUGGAGUUCCGGUACGCCACAUUAGCCUGGGAGAAGGCCAAAGCUCCCGCCAACUCCACCACCGUCCCCAAGAAGCAGUGCAAGAGAGGUGGAAUGCGUAGAGUUCUGCGCAAGGAGAAACUGAGCCUGUAUAUCACCACAGAAGAGGGUAAGGGGAACAACGAGGGUCCCAACGGACAGAGUCUCCUUACCCAUAUGGAACAGGAGAGCCCCCAGAGCACCAUCUCCUCUACCCAGAGCUCCAUCAUCCGCCCACCGCUGCACAAAACCCUGCAUCGCAUCGAUCUGCGUGUAAAGAAGGUAAAAGGCUCGAACAAGCACCAUCAAUCAGACAGGUGUACUCACUCAUGCACAAAAUAACCCUGACUUACAUUCAUACAGGCCGACACAAAUGCUUGUACACAUUUAGGGGGGGGGACUGCAGUGGGGUCGGCAAAAUAAAAAAUAAAAAAAUACAUUUGGAACAAUACAUUCAGAGUACAGAUUAUUGUAUACAAAUGUUUUUAGAAAAUGUAUUACAAAAAUACAAUUGUAUUUAGUAAAUGUAUUUUGUAUUUAGUAAAUGUAUUUAUUGGUUUCUUUUCAUAUUGAUAAGAGUUGAAAAUGGAAUGACUUGAAGGUUAUUUGUUGAUGUAAAAUGUAUAUACACUACCGGUCAAAGGUUUUAGAACACCUACUCAUUCAAAGGUUUUUCUUUAUUUUUACUAUUUUCUACAUUGUAGAAUAAUAGUGAAGACAUCAAAACUAUGAAAUAACACAUAUGGAAUCAUGUAGUAACCAAAAAAGUGUUAAACCAAUCAAAAUAUAUUUUAUAUUUGAGAUUCUUCAAAUAGCCACCCUUUGCCUUGAUGACAGCUUUGCACACUCUUGGCAUUCUCUCAACCAGCUUCACCUGGAAUGCUUUUCCAACAGUCUUGAAGGAGUUCCCACAUAUGCUGAGCACUUGUUGGCUGCUUCUCCUUGACUCUGCGGUCCAUCUCAUCCCAAAUCAUCUCAAUUUGGUUGCGGUCGGGGGAUUGUGGAGGCCAGGUCAUCUGAUGCAGAACUCCAUCACUCUGCUCUCAUGUCUGGAGGAAACCUGGCACCAUCCCUACGGUGAAGCAUGGUAGUGGCAGCAUCAUGCUGUGGGAAUGUUUUUCAGUGGCAGGGACUUUUCAGUCAGGAUCGAGGGAAAGAUGAAUGGAGCAAAGUACAGAGAGAUCCUUGAUGAAAACCUGCUCCAGAGCGCUCAGGACCUCAGACUGGGGCGAAGGUUCACCUUCCAACAGGACAGCGACCCUAAGCACACAGCCAAGACAAUGCAGGAGUGGCUUCGGUACAAGUCUAUGAAUGUGUUUGAGUGGCCCAGCCAGAGCCUGGAGUUGAACCCGAUAGAACAUCUCUGGAGAGACCUGAAAAUAGCUGUGCAACAACGCUCCCCAUCCAACCUGACAGAGCUUGAGAGGAUCUGCAGAGAAGAAUGGGAGAAACUCCCCAAAUACAGGUGUGCCAAGCUUGUAGCGUCAUACCCAAGAAGACUCGAGGCUGUAGUCGCUGCCAAAGGUGCUUCAACAAAGUACUGAGUAAAGGGUCUGAAUACUUAUGUAAAUAUCAUAAUUCCAGGUUUUUUAUUAUAAAUUAGCAAACAUUUCUAGCAACAUGUUUUUGCUUUAUCAUUAUGGGGUAUUGUGCUUAGAUUGAUGAGGGGAAAAAAUGAUUUAAUCAAUUUUAGUAUGUAUAUUACCAGUCAAAAGUUUGGACACACCUACUCAUUCAAGGGUUUUUCUUUAUUUUUUAAACAUGUUUUGCAUUGUAGAAUAAUAGUGAAGACAUCAAAACAAUGAAAUAAAACAUAUGGAAUCAUGUAGUCACCAAAAAAGUGUUAAAAAAAUCUAAAUAUAUUUUAUAUUUGAGAUUCUUCAAAUAGCCACCCUUUGCGUUGAUGAUAGCUUUGCACACUCUUGGCAUUCUCUCAACCAGCUUCAUGAGGUAGUCACCUGGAAUGCAUUUAAAUUAAUUUGUGGAAUUUAUUUCCUUCUUAAUGUGUUUGAGCCAACCAGUUGUGCUGUGACAAGGAAGGGGGGGUAUACAGAAGAUAGACCUAUUUGGUAAAAGACCAAGUCCAGAUUAUGGCACGAACAGCUCAAAUAAGCAAAAAGAAAUGACAGUCCAUCAUUACUUUAAGACAUGAAGGUCAGUCAAUACGUAACAUUUCAAGAACUUUGAAAGUUUCUUCAAGUGCAGUCGCAAAAACCAUCAAGCGCUAUGAUCAAACUGGGUCUUCCAGGAAUGGAAGACCCAGAGUUACCUCUGCUGCAGAGGAUAAGUUAAUUAGAGUUACCAGCCUCAGAAAUUGCAGCCCAAAUAAAUGCUUCACAGAGUUCAAGUCACACACAUCUCAACAUCAACUGUUCAGAGGGGACUGUGGGAAACAGGCCUUCAUGGUCGAAUUUCUGCAAAGAAACCCCUACUAAAGGACACCAAUAAUAAGAAGAAACCUGCUUGGGCCAAGAAACACGAGCAAUGGAUAUUAGACUGGUGGAAAUUUGUCCUUUGGUCUGGAGUCCAAAUUUGAGAUUUUUGGUUCCAACCGCCGUGUCUUUGUGAGAUGCAGUGUGGGUGAACGGAUGAUCUCUGCAUGUGUAUUUCCCACCAUAAAGCAUGGAGGAGGAGGUGUUAUUGUGUGGGGGUGCUUUGCUGGUGACGCUGUCUGUGAUUUAUUUAGAAUUCAAGGCACACUUAACCAGCAUGGAUGCCACAGCAUUCUGCAGCAAUACGCCAUCCCAUGUGGUUUGGGCUUAGUGGGACUCAUUUGUUUUUCAACAUGACAAUGACUCAACACACCUUCAGGCUGUGUAAGGGCUAUUUUACCAAGAAGGAGAGUGAUGGAGUGCAGCAUCAGAUGACCUGGCCUCCACAAUCCCCCAACCUCAAUCCAAUUGAGAUGGUUUGGGAUGAGUCGGACAGCAGAGUGAAAGAAAAGCCGCUAACAAGUGCUAAGCAUAUGUGGGAACUCCAUCAAGACUGUUGGAAAAGCAUUCCAGGUGAAGCUGGUUGAGAGAAUGCCAACCGUGUGCAAAGCUGUCAUCAACGCAAAGGGUGGCUAUUUGAAGAAUCUCAAUUAUAUAAUAUAUUUAGAUUUGUUUAACACUUAUUUGGUUACUACAUGAUUCCAUAUGUGUUAUUUCAUAGUUUUGAUGUCUUCACUAUUAUUCUACAAUGUAGAAAAUAGUAAAAAUAUAGAAAAACCCUUGAAUGAGAAGGUAUGUCCAAACCUUUGACUGGUACUGUAUAUAUAUAGAUUUUUUUUUAUUCCAGCUGAUCAUUGUUUUAUUAUUAGCUUUUGCGGCAGGAGUUACUCUUCCUGGGGUCCACAAAAUUUACAGAUUUUAAGGUUGUGUCAUUAGAUUUCGGGUGUGGUUGCUUUAAAAAAUUGGGUCCCCGCUGAAAAAGUUUGAAUACCACUGCUCUAAAGCAUCGAUUCACUAGCACUGGACAGAUAAAUGGAUUUAGCAUGCAGGCAUAUUCGGUUAUAGUAGCACAACUCAUAAAAAAGAGAACGUUUGAAAGAAUAGAAAUUUGGAGGGAGUUAACAACUUUGCACUUUUUUCCUUUGAAAUGGAGUGAGUGCAUUUCAAUUACAAAUCCAUACUAAUACACCACUGGUAUCCUUCUGAUCUGCAGGGGGCGUUGGUAGGAAUCUGUGGAAGUGUGGGGAGCGGAAAGAGCUCUCUUCUUUCUGCUCUACUGGGACAGGUGAGGUUCUAGAUCAUUGGCCUUCAAAUCAGCUUACUGGGGGAUUCCCCUACAAACCAGACUGGAAAGCAGUUUAGGUACGUUUGAUUAAGCUUGAGUUUUGCAUUUUUUGGGACUGUUCCAUUGGUUCCUUUGUACCGGGCAAUCAAAACGCAGUUGAAGUAUUUCCCUCUAGUGAAAGCCCAGUUCAGCUUUACCGCUAGUAUGUUUUAACAUGAGUCUUAUCCCUGGUGUUCAACAGAUGACCCUGCUGGAGGGCAACGUGGCGGCAAGUGGUGGCUUUGCCUAUGUAGCUCAACAGGCCUGGAUCCUCAACGACUCUCUGAGAGAGAACAUCCUGUUCGGAAAAGAAUACGUCGAAGACAAGUAUGAUUGAUUGAUUUGUGUAUAUGAUUUAUGAAUAAUUUACUAUGGGACAGUAAACAAUAAAAUCACCAACGCAGACCAUUCUAAGGUGUCAUAGUGCUGGAUUUAGCUAGACGGCUCAUUUUCAACUGGAGUCCAUGACCAAUCACGUUUGGAUGUCAUAGUUUGAUAGUUUCACAUUGAGAAGGGCCAAAGGCAUCCAUGAUGGCUCAUUUCUAACUCAUGGCUUACUCAUUUCUCUGGACCAUGACUGCGUUUCCCUCUCAUGUUAACUCAUGUCCUUGGCUGUGUUUCCUUAUUAGGUAUAAUGCUGUGCUCUCUGCCUGCUGCUUGACCCCUGAUCUGACAGAGCUGCCCUAUGGGGAUAUGACUGAGGUAUGUAUCAGACCUCUAUUUCAUCUCUAUGCUGGAGAUGCUCUCUAUAUGAACUCUGGCCAUUCUGUACAAUACAUUGGCCUUACACUACACCAAAGUAGCAGAAAGUGGAAUUACCAUGUAACAGGCUAGUAAGUAGUACAUGCAUUUAUAGAUGGAAUGCUUUGGGGUGCAUUGUAGUGUUUUAUGAGAUAACAAGUGUUAUGUAAGUACCUCUAUGUACAUAUCUGGUCUGGUCUAUUGCUGCCUCUGUAUGAAGCCUAUGCAAUCAAAAAUUAUCCUUGAUACAUUUUGUCAACAUUGUCCCAAUGUUUUCACUCCAGAUAGGGGAGAGGGGUGCCAACCUGAGUGGCGGGCAGCGCCAGCGGGUGAGCCUGGCACGUGCCCUGUACAGCGAGCGGCCCAUCCUGCUCCUGGACGACCCUCUCAGUGCUGUGGACGCCCACGUGGGCUCUCACCUCUUCCACAACGCCAUCCGCACAGCGUCCAAGGGCAAGACCAUCAUCUUCGUCACACACCAGCUGCAGGUAAGCGGAUCUUCUGAUAAUCUGAAUGAUCCAAUCAAAUUGUAUUUAUGUGAGAAACAGAACAAUUUGCAGCAAAUAAGUGACUUGUGUACUAUGGUGAAAUGAUUGGAAAUGGCCUUCCUACACCUGUACAAUGCAUUCAUGAUCUGAAAUGGCCUUCCUACACCUGUACAAUGCAUUCAUGAUCUGAAAUGGCCUUCCUACACCUGUACAAUGCAUUCAUGAUCUGAAAUGGCCUUCCUACUCCUGUACAAUGCAUUCAUGAUCUGAAAUGGCUUUUUUAACUAGUAUCUUUUGUAUAUCAUUGGGACGCCUAAUCUGAAAGGACUACUAGUGAAAGGAAAUGAGAGAAACCCUAUGUAGACCUCCUAAGUCAAUGAUUAUAGUGCAACUUGAGUUUUCAAAAGCUAAGUUAAGAGUGCGUAUCUCAAGAAUAUGUCCCGAAAAGAUACGGUUGAGGAAAGGGAGCCAUAUAGAAAUCUAGAGGAGCAUACUAUAGCCCAGGAUCCUGCAUCAGGAGAAUCACAGAUCUCACUGGUGUUGACCCUCUCUCAGUACCUGGCAGAGUGUGACAACGUGAUUCUGAUGAAGGACGGGCAGAUUGCUGAGCAUGGCACCCACGCCCAGCUUAUGGGCAGAGACCGUGACUACGCCACCCUCUUCAACAGCGUACAGCAGGAGGUAAUGCCAACCACAGAGCGCAUGUCCAGCUCUAGCCUGGUCACAGAUCUGUUUGUGCUGUUUUGCAAACAGAUCUGGUACCAGGCUAGCCUUUCCAACUCCUAUAGUCAUUGUCACGCAUUGGCAUGAGCUGGCAAGACCGCACAAACGGAUCUGGAACCAGGCUAGUCCAGCUCUCCUCUAUGUAAAAACACCUUUGUCAUCCCCCUUUGCGUCACAUCCUGCAUAAUUCAUGAGGCAGUGGGUGGCUGGGAAAUGUUAAUGCAUACAGGGCCUUUCAUUAUUUAUGUGGGCAUUGAUUUACCGGUGUCGCACUGCUAAAGACCCUGUCACCAAUAUCUCUGUUUAAAUGACUUAGUGGCUAUGUUAUGGCUUGGCCGUGAUUGUCUUAUGCUGUAUGUCUCUCUGGCUUGCUCUCCUAGAACCUGGUGAAAAAGAACCUGGUGAAAAAGAACCUGAAGAAUAAGGAGAAGGAGGGAGAGGAAAAGGUUGAGACCACCGUGACUGUCGAAAAAGUCGACAGACCGCCGGUGGAUAAAGGGAAAGGAGGUGAGAGACUCAACCGUGCCGAAUAGAAUGUGUUAAUGUGUUCCCUUUAAAACAGUUGGCUUGAUAUGGGAAAAUGACUCACACAGGUUUCUUCCUUCCUUCCUUCCUUCCUCUCUUCCUUCCUUCCUUCCUCUCUUCCUUCCUUCCUUCCUCCCUCUCUUCCUUCCUUCCUCCCUCUCUUCCUUCCUCCCUUUCUUCCUUCUGUCCUCCCUCUCUUCCUUCUGUCCUCCCUCUCUUCCUUCUGUCCUCCCUCUCUUCCUUCCGUCCUCUCUUCCGUCCUCCCUCUCUUCCUUCCUUCCUUCCUUCCUUCCUCCUUCCUUCCUUCCUUCCUUCCUUCCUUCCUUCCUUCCUUCCUUCCUUCCUUCCUUCCUUCCUUCCUUCCUUCCUUCCUUCCUUCCUCUCUUACUUCCUUCCUUCCUUCCUCUCUUACUUCCUUCCUUCCUUCCUCCCUCUCUUCCUUCUGUCCUCCCUCUCUUCCUUCCGUCCUCCCUCUCUUCCUUCCUUCCUCUCUUCCUUCCUCCCUCUUCUCUCUUCCUUCCUUCCUUCCUUUCCUUCCUUCCUUCCUCCUCUUCGCUCCUCUCUUCCUCCUCUCCUUCCUUCCUCCUUCCUCCUUCCUUCCUUCCUUCCUUCCUUCCUUCCUUCCUUCCUUCCUUCCUUCCUCUCCUUCCUUCCUUGCCUCCUUCCUUCCUCCCUCUUCUCUUUUCCUCCUCGCUCUUCCUUCCUCCUCUUCCUUUCCUUCCUCCUCCUCUUCCUUUCCUCCUCCCUCUCUUCCUUCCUUCCUCCCUCUCUUCCUUCCUUCCUCUCUUCCGUCCGUCUUCCCGCUCUUCCUUCUGGCCUCCCUCUCUUCCUUCCGUCCUCCCUCCCUUCCUUCCUCUCUUCCGUCCGUCUUCCCGCUCUUCCUUCCUCCCGCUCUUCCUUCCGUCCUCCCGCUCUUCCUUGCGUCCUCCCGCUCUUCCUUCCGUCCUCCCUUUCUUCCUUCCUUCAUUCCUUCCUCUCUUCCUUCCUAUCUUACUUCCUUCCUUUCUUCCUUCCGUCCUCCCUCUCUUCCUUCCUUCCUCCCUCUCUUCCUUCCAUCCUCCCUCUCUUCCUUCCAUCCUCCCUCUCUUCUUCCGUCCUCCCCUCUCUCCGUCCGUCCUCCCUUCUUCCUCCUUCCCUCCCUCUUUCCCUUCAUCCUCCCUCUCUUCCUCCUCCAUCCUCCCUCUCUUCCUCCGUCCUCCCUCUCUUCCUCCUCCUCCUCCUUCCUUCCCUUCUCCCUCUCUUCUCCUUCCGUCCUCCCUCUCUUUGUCCGUCCGUCUCCCUCUUUCCGUUCCUCCCAUCUCAUUCUCUUCCUCCUCCUCUCUCUUCCUCCUCUCCUUCCUUCCUCUCUUCCGUCCUCCCUCUCUUCCGUCCUCCCUCUCUUCCUUCCUUCCUUCCUCUCUUCUGUCCUACCUCUCUUCCGUCCUCCCUCUCUUCCUUCCUUCCUCUCCUUCCUCCCCUCUUUCCUUCCUCCCUCUCUUCCUUCCUCCUUCCCUCUCUCCUUCCGUCCUCCCUCUCUUCCUUCCUUCCGUCUCUCUUCCUCGUCCUCCUCUCUUCCUGUCCUCCCCUCUCUUCCUUCCUCCCUCUCUUCCGUCCUCCCUCUCUUCCUUCCUUCCUUCCUCUCUUCUGUCCUACCUCUCUUCCGUCCUCCUCCCUCUCUUCCUUCCUUCCUCCCUGCUCUUCCUUCCGUCCUCCCUCUCUUCCUUCCGUCCUCCCUCUCUUCCUUCCGUCCUCCCUCUCUUCCUUUCCCUUCCUUCCUUCCUCCCUCCCUCUCUUCCAUCCUUCUCUUUCUUUACUCUCCAGACCAGCUCAUGAAAGCUGAGGAGAAGGGCUCUGGCGCCGUGGCCUGGGAUGUGUACAAGGCCUACAUCAAAGCGGCUGGAGGCCCUUUUGCCUUCAUCAUCAACGUCAUCCUCUUCCUUUUCACCACUGGCAGCAUCGCCUUCAGUAACUGGUGGCUGAGCUACUGGAUCCGCCAGGGCAGCGGGGUGAGUUUGGAUUUUCUGCACUGAAGCCAAAUGAUGAUCCACUGGAUUCAAAUGAUGAUUCACUUGAUCAAAAUUAUGGCCUUACGCACAGACACAUAACAAGGAUCAGAUUACCCUACCCACAAUCCUUAUUAAAAAAUAUAUCUGAAGCUGUAUUAGUGGGAUAGGACAACUUCUGCCUACUCUGAGGGGGAUGUCUCUGUAGACUGUAGAAGGCUAUGUCACCCACAAGAAUAACGACUUCUGCGCAUCACUGAGUUGUAGUGGGGAAUGUGAGAGCAUUAAUCUCAGCACGUGUAAUUAAAUAAGUACCAGUGUCUCGGUAAACGUAAUUAAAACAAGAGACGAGCCGCCAAAAAACAGAUGUGCUGCAAAGCUGUCUUCCGUGUCAGAUUGAAGAAUGUGUUUGGAAUACCGACAUCACCCAAAUGGCUGCUUCUUUCAUGUAUUCUGUCUUAGAUUCAGCACUCAGCUGGCUUUGUUUAAUUUAUUUCCUUCAUUAGAUAGAAAUGCCUUGUUUGUGUUUCCCUCAUGGCGAUUUGCUCCAUCUGCCCUCAGAACACAUCAUUAAUCCUGGAGAAUGAAACCAAUGAAACAGUGGCAGCGUUGGCGAGCGACAGCAUGAGGCUCAACCCUUACGUUCAGUACUACUCAAGAGUUUAUGUGCUGUCCAUGGGGGUCGCUCUCUUCCUGAAGACAAUGAGGGGGCUAGUGUUCGUCAAGGUAAGCAUCUUGCUCAAAUGUAUUUUAGAGUGGUUUUUGUGGAUUGUUCUCCAACCUUGAAAUGUCAGGACCAUUCAUUGAUGCACUCUCUAGCCUGUCAAAGGAGAGUGGAUCACUGACCGAUUCCCUGCAGGGUACUACUUUUGACAAGAGCCCAUAGGGUACCAUUUGUGACGUAACCAAAGUCUCCAUAAGUCAGGUUUUCAUUGAUUUACACUCAGGACCUUUUCAAAGGAAAGAAGUGCAAAGUUGUUGUGGUACAACCUUGACUCUCUCUAUUUGUCUUUCAGCCAUUUUCAUGAGUUGCACUACUAUAAUUGAAAGUGCCUGCAUGCUAAAUCCAUUUAUCUGUCCAGUGCCGUGACACGCUGCUUUAAUGGCUGUGUGUGUGUGUGCCGCUGUGUGUCCCUGUCCCUUUGGAUAUGUCUCCUGUGUUUCUUAAACUUUCCUGACAGCCCAUUACAGAGGUUAUGUCCUCACGUAAUUGUGUGACACAAACUUUUUCCAAAGAUGGCUAAUCUUUUUUUUUUACCCCUAGCUGUAACGUGAAUGUGGGAGUGUUGGAUGUUCUGUUAAUAGAUUGAAUGUGUUCUCUCCUGCCAAAAGUAAUUUCUGCCAGACGUUUCUCAUUGCGUUAACUUAGACAUGGGUUUGUAACCUUUCUGUGUAAGCCUGCCAGACAGUCAUUUAUGUCUGAGGAUUUGACAGUUUGCCUGACACGAGAAACAUUCCACUUGCUAAUAACAGCACAGUGACUACUAAUAGGGACGCAUCAACAACAACAUAUGGCUAGCUAGCAUUAGCAACAUGGCAUAUGUGUCAUAUGAGCGUUAGUUAGUAUGUGUACAUAGCUGUGUAUGCUGGCAACGAUUCUCUGUCCACUCCUACUACGGUAUGUUUGUAUGUUUGCAUUUGUUGCGCCUGGGUGUUGUGCUUUCCCGAGUCCCGACAACCCAUCUGUUUACCUGUUUCCAUGUACUUGUUGUGUUUGUUUCUUUGUGUUAUGUUUGGCUCCGUGUUCAAACACCACUGUGUUUGUCUGACAGUGCACUGUUCGGGCUGCCUCGGUGCUCCACGACAAGCUAUUCCGCCGCCUCCUCCUGAGCCCCAUGCGCUUCUUUGACACGACCCCUCUGGGCCGCAUCCUCACCCGCUUCUCCCGAGACAUGGACGAGGGUGAGUUGUCUGAUGAUUUGCCUUGACUUCAAACUCAGAGCCUUGAGGUCCCCAUACAACCCAGACAACACACAGUAUGAUCUGACAGUUAUUGUUUUCUCUCUCUCUCUCCUCUCUCUCUCUCUCUCUCUCUCCAACCAUCCACAGUGGACGUCCGUCUGGCCAUGCAGGCUGAGAUGCUGCUCCAGAACCUGACCUUGGUGCUCUUCUGCCUGGUCAUGGUGGGCAUCGUAUUCCCCUGGUUCCUGCUCUCCCUCCUGCCCCUGGGAGCCUUCCUCCUCAUUGUCAACCGUGUCUCCAGGUCAGGCUACAACCAAUCGAUUUAUAUGAGAGGGAUUAUGUUGUCUGUGUGUGUGUGUAUGCUCCUGCGUGCGUUGAUUUAAAGAUAAGAAGUGUAGCGAUGGAUUAGGGUUCCGUAGGUCUUUGGGUAAUUUAUUAUUCAGCGUGACGCAUCUAACCAGUUUCCUCAUUAAAAGCAAGCCCAAAAGGCACCCUAUUCGCAAUAUAGUGCACUACCUUUCACCAGGACCCGCACACUAUAGGGAAUAGGAUGCUUUUUGGGACGCGUCCCAUUUGUUGAUGUGUUGUACUUUGCCAGUUGGCAUUGAGAGAUGAAAGUACCAACUGCAUAAACAUAUUUGUGUAGGUAGCCUCAGAACACGGAGUGUCAUGUUCUUUCAUACCCUGUCCUCUUCUCAUCCUACUCUCUCUCUCUCUCUCUCUCUCUCUCUCUCUCUCUCUCUCUCUCUCUCUCUCUCUCUCUCUCUCUCUCUCUCUCUCUCUCUCUGCUCUCUCUCUCUCUCUCUCUCUCUCUCUCUCUCUCUCUCUCUCUCUCUCUCCCGCCGCUUUAUAAGAAAAGGGGAUGACUUGUUAUUCACAUGUGCAGCCCAUCCUAUCUAUGGACCUAAAAGUAGAACUCCUCCCCACCUUUGUCAAUAAACCCCUCUCUCUCACACUUCCCUGCUGACUCAGUCGGGUGUCGUGGUAGCGUGGGUCUGUGGCUCCUAAAAUCACACAUCAAUCACAAAUGAUUCUAGCAGAGCCAAGGAAUGGCCUGAGCUGUGCCAGGAAAUGGUUGUCCUGUCCUGGGUAGAAUUACACUCUGACUCCCCUGUGUCCUCUCAUCAUAUCAUAGUCCACUAACCUGUCAGAUAACUGCACCGUCAUUGGAGUUAUAAUGCAGUGUUUGUCAACCCUGUCCUCUGCCACCAUCCCUAGAUAUUUCACAAUGUUGUUGUCCUGAUCUAGUGUGUCUGGUUUGGUGAUGAGUUGUUAAAUCAGGUUCAUUCGAAUACGCAAUGGUUUGGCUGGGGGUCACAGAGUAGAGGUUUGGCUGGGGGUCACAGAGUAGAGGUUUGGCUGGGGGUCACAGAGUAGAGGUUUGGCUGGGGGUCACAGCGUAGAGGUUUGGCUGGGGGUCACAGAGUAGAGGAUUGGCUGGGGGUCACAGAGUAGAGGAUUGGCUGGGGGUCACAGAGUAGAGGAUUGGCUGGGGGUCACAGAGUAGAGGAUUGGCUGGGGGUCACAGAGAAAAUCAAAUCACAUUUUAUUUGUCACUUGCUUCGUAAGCAACAGGUGUAGACUAACAGUUCAAUGAUUACUUACGUGUCCUUUUCCAACAAUGCAGUUAAGAUAAAGAUACAAAAUAGAAAUAGUGACACAAGGAACAAAUACAUAGUGAAUAAUGAAUAACAAUAACGAGUAAAAAAGAACAUCUAUAUACAGGGAGUACCAGGUAAUAACAUGGCUAUAUACAGAGAGUACCAGUACUGAGUCAAUGUGCAGGGGUACAGGGUAAUAACAUGGCUAUAUACAGAGAGUACCAGUACUGAGUCAAUGUGCAGGGGUACAGGGUAAUAACAUGGCUAUAUACAGAGAGUACCAGUACUGGUCUGCAGCUUACCAUGAGGUAUUCUAACUCAGGCGAGCAAAAACUAGAGACUUCCUUAACAUUAGAGAUCGCACACAAGCUGUUGUUAACAAAGAAACACACCCUUUCCCCUCUUGCUUUACCCGAGUCUGCCGUCCGAUCUUGACGAGGAAAACCAGCGAGUUGUACAGUAUGAAAAAUGUAUGCACUCACUUAACUGUAAGUCGCUCUGGAUAAAUGACUAAAAUGUAAAAUAUCCAUGUCCUCGUUCAGCCACGGCUCCAAGAAACAGGAUAUUACAGUUUUUCAGGUCCCGUUGAUAGGAUAGUCUCGAAUGGAGCUCAUCCAGUUUGUUCUCCGGUGACUGCACCUUCGCCCAAAAAAAAACAGAUGGCAAUGGCGGUCUACUUGCUCGCCGAUGUAGUCUAGUCACUUGCCUCUCUUUCGCCGGUGCUUCCUCUUUCGAGUCCCGGGGAUCAGGGCCUGGUCCGGGAUAAGCAAAACGUCCAGAGUUGCCAUCUUGUUGAAGUAGAAAUCUUCAUCCAAAUCGAGGUUAGUGAUUGCUGUUCUGAUGUCCAGAAUCUGUUUUCAGUCAUAGGAAAUUAUGGCAGAAACAUUAUGUUCAAAACACACAAAAUAGGUCAGGAGCCCGUAAGAUGGCAGCUAUCCACUGCGGCAUCAUUAUGAGUUGAACAGAGUUGAACAGUAGAUGAUUGGCUGGGGGUCACAGAGUAGAGGUUAGAGAAAUGGUGAGUGAGUGGACUUCUUUACCAUCCCUAAAGUGAUGCUCUGGUAUGUUUAAGUAAUAGACUUGACGUUCCACUUCCUCUUUGUCUGACUAGGGUUCUGAUUCGCGAGCUGAAGCGUCUGGAGAACAUCAGCCAAUCACCUUUCACCUCGCACAUCACCAGUAGUCUCCAGGGGCUGUCCACCAUUCACGCUUAUGGCAGAGAGGACGACUUCUUGCACAGGUGAGAACAGUACACUAAUAAACCGAAUAGCGUUCAGAGGAAGACACUUCCUUUAUCUGUCACAGGACGUGUGUUCAAACACUAAUAAGACAUUUGUUUUGACAGUUAAUUUCCAGUUAGCUUCGCCCACCAUACGUCACAUUUUUUUUUGUCAUUUAGCAGACACUCUUAUCCAAAGAGACUUACAGGGGUAAUUAGGGUUAAGUGCCAUGCCCAAGGGUACAUCAACAGAUUUUUUUACCUAGUCGGCUCGGGGAUUCGAACCAGAAACUUUUCGGUUACUGGUCCAACGCUCUUAACCGCUAGGCUACCUGCUGCCCAAAUGGCACAACUAAUAAUGAGAUAACGUCCCUAAGUAACAUUCCCUGGACUUUGAGUUGAGUAGCAUUUGAUUUCUGCUGAGCUAAUGUGGGCACUGUGCAGCCUUCCUAUUGGUUAAUUUCUUGUGUAUCUCAGGUACCAGGCUUUACUGGACACCAACCAGGCUUCCCACUACCUGUUCAGCUGUGCUAUGCGCUGGCUGGCUGUACGACUGGACCUGAUCAGCAUCACUCUCAUCACCACUGUAGCCCUGCUAAUCGUUUUCAUGCACAACCAGAUCCCCCCAGCCUACGCAGGCUUGGCUUUAUCCUACGCCGUGCAGGUACACAUACACACACACACACGCAUGUACGCACACACACGAAUGCACUUUCAUGCACAUGCAUGUAAACACGCAUACACGCAUGUAAACACACACACACACACACACACUGCUAGAGUGUGUCUUUGCUAUCUGUGAAUUAUUUUGACUGCCCCUUUAUGGGAAUGUUUUUUUGAAAGCUUUUUGAUGUUCUAUAUAUAUAAUUUCACUGUGGGAUUACUACAGGCGUGGGAAGGAUCUUCCUGUUAGGGAUCUAUGAAUGGAAAUUGAUUGAGCCGAAUGGAAAAGUAUAGCAUUAUCAGAAUGUCUGUCUAUAGGGGUCGUAAAGGUUUAUGGUUUGUGCUGCUCAUUCAUUGUGCUGCUCUCUGUCUCUCUCUCUCUCUCUCCUCUCUCGCUCUCUCUCCUCUCUCUGUCUCUCUGUGUUGUCUAUCUCUCUCUCGUCUCUUUCCCCUUCUGUUCUCUCUCUGUGUCUGUUUUUCUCUCUCUUCCUCUCUGUCUCUUGUCUGUCUCUCUCCUCUCUAUCUCUCUCUCUCUCUCGCUCUUCUUUUCUCUCCCUGUCUGUCUCUCUCUCUGUCUCUCUCUCUCCCUGUCCUCUCUUCCCUGUCUCUCUCUCUCCUGUCUCUCUCUCCCUGUUCUCUCUCUCUGUCUCUCUCUCGUCUUCUCUGUCUCUCUCUCUUCUCUCUCUCUCUCUCCUUCUCUCUCUCUCUCUCUCUUCUCUCUCUCUCUCUCCGUCUCUCUCUCUCUUCUCGUCUCUCUCUCUCUCUCUCGUCUCUCUCUCUCUGUCUCUCUUCCUUGCUCUCUCUUCGUCUCUCUCUCUCCUUCUCUCUCUCCUUCUCUCCUUGUCUCUCUCCUCUCUCUCUUCCGUCUCUCUCUCGCUCUCUCUGCUCUCUCUCUCUUCUCCUGUCUCUCUCUCCUUGUCUCUCUCCUUGUCUCUCUCCUUGUCUCUCUCCUUGUCUCUCUCCUUGUCUCUCUCGCUCUCUCUCUCGCUCUCUCUCGCUCUCUCUUCUCCAGCUAACCGGUCUGUUUCAGUUUACCGUGAGGUUGCUGUCAGAGACUGAGGCUCGCUUCACGUCAGUGGAGAGGAUCAAUCAUUAUAUAAAGGUAGGCAGGCCUAAUGACACCAGGGGCUGCUGCCAACAGUCGGGGGAAGGGUUGCGUGAUUGGCUGAACCAUGUGUGGCUGAAUCGAAAGUACACACAUGGUGAGUCUGACACAAACAAACACAGGCCUAUAGACUUAACGCAGCAGGACAUAGGCACAGAUGAAGCAACAACACACACACACACAUACAGGCACAGCAUACUCACAUGCAGACACACACUCUAAAUCCACAUUCCUGCGCACGGUGCACCCACACACUCACACAGGUCAAUAUCCCAAUAACACAAAGCUGUUGGAUAAGGUAGACAGACGCACACCCAAAGCAGGAGUACACACACACACACACGCAAGCAUGACGCACACACACACACACAACCCCCCCCCCCACACACACACACACAACCCAAUCCCAAUAACACAAAGCUGUUGGACAUGGUAGACUACAGACAGACACAGGCUGCAUCCCAAAUGGAACCUUAUUCCCUAUGUAGUGCACUACUUUUGAUCAGGGGCCCAUAGGUUUUGGUCAAAAGUAGUCCACAAUAUAGAGAAUAGAGUGCCAUUUGGGACACCCCCAGUCUCUGAGAGGCCCAGCAGGAAGCAGAUGGAACCCAGUUUGUGGCCCGUCACACAUCACAGCACAUGACAGGGCCUGUUUCACACAACACCCAUCAAAACAUAAACAUCCCCAAAUCAGAGGAACUACUUUUUUUUCUCAAAGUGCCAACAAGCUUUUAGAGAUCUAUAAAUUACAGUUCUAUUGAGAGGUAGAGGUCUUUACUUCAUGGGAUUGGAGAUACAGAGAUUAACACUCGAUAUUGGAUCUAUAUUUUUUGUCUCAGACCUUGGAGGGUGAGGCGCCGCGGCAGAUCACUGGGCCCUCCUCUCCUGCCCCCUGCUGGCCAGAUAAGGGACGGAUCUCCUUCCAGGACGUGGAGAUGUGUUACCGGGACAACCUGCCACUGGUGCUCAAGAAGCUUUCCUUUAACAUCCUGCCAGAGGAGACCAUCGGCAUUGUGGGUCGCACUGGCUCAGGUACUUCCCUCCUUUAUUUAUGUAUCGUUUUACAUCGUUAAUGUUUAAUUUUAUUGUCCUUGUUUCCGCUGGUGUUUACCUGGUAUUUACUAAGAAAUAAUGUAAUAACAAUGUGUCGACUUGAUGGUAAUGGUGUUUGUUUUUUAAUGAACUGUAAUCUUCACAUGUAGAUGUGGUUAUCAUCUAUCCGAACUAAUCGUAGUUCACUCACAACCCCCUGUUUCUAUCUAUCCAGGGAAGUCCUCACUGGGCGUAGCUCUCUUCAGACUGGUGGAGCUGACUGGGGGCUCCAUCACCAUCGACGGCAUCAACAUUGCCCAGAUCGGAUUGGAAGACCUGAGAAGCAAGCUGUCAAUCAUUCCCCAGGAGCCCGUUCUCUUCAUUGGCACUAUCAGGUAUGUAUUCAUGAUUUACCUAAGAUUCCCCUAGGUACAGGUGUAGGAUCAGCUUCCUCUCCCCCAAUCCUAACCUUAAAGGGAUACUUUGGGACUUACCCAGAGAGACAAACUCAUGGAUACCAUUUGUAUGUCUCUGCGUGCAGUUUGAAAGAAGUUGAAGGUAGCAUAUUGUUAGCUUAGCGCAAUUGCUGGAGGUCUAUGGGUAUCUACUAGCCAGCUCCUCUCAAAAGCAGGGAAAUAGACCUAACUACUACAAAGCUAUGUGGUUGGUCAUUUAUAGUCUUACAAAGGUAUACAUAGUAAUCUAUAUUUUAUAAAUGUGUUAAUUUGACUGAUAAUAGUAUAAGAAAUUAGAUUCUAUCAACUUCCUAAUUCACGGACUUCUUUGGGUUCUACCUGCGCUCUCUUCCGGCUAGACUUGGUGUGGUUUUGUAAGCAAAACUCCUGGGAGGCAGCCAGCUGUUGGUUCUCUAGUAGCUAAAGUAGCUAGCUAGCUAGCUUAUUGGCAAAUCAUCAUAAUAACAUUUGAUAAAUCAUGUUGGACUUUGAGGUAGAGGUAGACCAUUUUUAUUCUGAGCUAUAUUUAUUAGAGCCAGAAUUUACAGAGGAAGAACUGAGAGAGGGCAAGGAGGAAGAGGCUGAAUCAGCGGAGCCGGUAGACGAGCUACCAGGAGCGGUGGUGAGAGCCAGGUCUGAGGGGGACUGCGGGCCAUGUAAACCCAAGGCCACCAACGAUGAGAGUUUGUGGUGCAUGGAGUGGGAAUUGUUACUGCCAUCAAUUGGGGGGGGCUUGAUAUCUACGGCGAAGAAAGCAACGCACCCAGAGACUGUGUAACAAACCCAGAGGAAUUUUCUGCGUUUAUCAAUCCUGGAGUUAUAGAGACAUUCUUCCAAGUCCCCCCAAAAAACUGGAAGAAGCAGCCCAUACCUGCUGGACCGAAUGGACUGCUGUGUAUCGAGUAAGUGACAUUGUUCUUGCUUAUCCCAGCACACAGUAAUAUUGAUAACUUUUGUUGUUUCAUAAUUGCACUCUGAUCAAAUCAAAUGGUUUCUUAUUAGAUUAUUUGUAUCUAGCUACUCACGAAUAAUAACUUAUUUGUUCUUAGUCAAUACAGGCUGGUUGCAUAUCGACUGGUGUUUGAGUGGGCACUGAAGGGAGAGAGACUGGGACGAGGGAACAGAAGAGUCUUGCCUUCAGCCAGACAUUGCCUAACCAAAUAACUGUUAGAAAUGCUGUUUGAACCAGUACAACCUAUUUUGUUACUAUUCUGUCAAAUCACUUAAAUAAAUGCCAUUAGAACCAGUACCAUAUAUUUUGUUCCUAUCUACUAUAAGUGAGUCAUUACAGUAUGCUACAACAUCUUAUUUUUAUUAUGAAAUAAAGCAGUCAGAUCAAUGUAUCAGUAACAUUUGAAUACUGAAGGUAAAUUGGUAAAAGCCAACAAAACAUAGCGUAGACCUAUGUAAUGACAUGACAAUUGAUGAAGAGGCAAAGACAAUUAUGUAUUUUUUACAACACAGUAUAGAUCACUUCACAUAAUGUACAAUAUACAGUAUAGACAUUCACACAAUGCACAUCAAUAAAAGGUCAAAUAUACAAUAAAAUAGACAGUACAAAGUAGGUAUGGGGGUGCUGUUAUGUAGUAGUCUACAGUGAAUGGUAUGGGGGAGCUGUUAUGGAGUGGUAGUCUACAGUGAAUGGUAUGGGGGUGUUGUUAUGGAGUGGUAGUCUACAGUGAAUGGUAUGGGGGAGCUGUUAUGGAGUGGUAGUCUACAGUGAAUGGUAUGGGGGUGUGUUAUGGAGUGGUAGUCUACAGUGAAUGGUAUGGGGGUGCUGUUAUGUAGUAGUCUACAGUGAAUGGUAUGGGGGUGUUGUUAUGGAGUGUAGUCUACAGUGAAUGGUAUGGGGGGUUGUUAUGGAGUGGUAGUCUACAGUGAAUGGUAUGGGGGGCUGUUAUGGAGUGGUCUACAGUGAAUGGUAUGGGGGUGUUGUUAUGAGUGUAGUCUACAGUGAAGGUAUGGGGGUGCUGUUAUGGAGGUAGUCUACAGUGAAUGGUAUGGGGGUGUUGUUAUGGAGUGUAGUCUACAGUGAAUGGUAUGGGGGGUGUUAUGAGUGUAGUCUACAGUGAACGGUAUGGGGGUGCUGUUAUGUAGUAGUCUACAGAAGAACGUAUGGGUGCUUGUAAGUAGGAUCCUAAGUGAACGAAUAUGGGGGUGCUGUUAUGUCGUAGUCACAGUGAUGGUUUGGGUGGGGCUAUGUUAGUAUUCUCAGUGAUGGUAUGGGGGGGUGGGGCUUGUUUGUAGUAGUUUACAGAGAUGCUAUGCUUCAGGCAAAGUAUGGGAUGCUAAUAAAGCAUAAUGACAUCUCUUAGGUUUGGGAUGGGGCUAUGUUGGUUUUGGGAUGGGGCUAUGUUGGUUUUGGGAUGGGGCUAUGUUGGUUUGGGAUGGGGCUAUGUUGGAUUUGGGAUGGGGCUAUGUUGGAUUUGGGAUGGGGCUAUGUUGGAUUUGGGAUGGGACUAUGUUGGAUUUGGGAUGGGGCUACAGUGGGGAAAAAAAGGAUUUAGUCAGCCACCAAUUGUGCAAGUUCUCCCACUUAAAAAGAUGAGAUAUACAAUAUACAGUAUAGACAUUCACACAAUGCACAUCAAUAAAAGGUCAAAUAUACAAUAAAAUAGACAGUACAAAGUAGGUAUGGGGGUGCUGUUCUGUAGUAGUCUACAGUGAAUGCUAUGGGGGAGCUGUUAUGGAGUGGUAGUCUACAGUGAAUGGUAUGGGGGAGCUGUUAUGUCCAGUAGUAGUCUACAGUGAACGGUAUGGGGGUGCUGUUAUGUAGUAGUCUACAGUGAAUGGUAUGGGGGAGCUGUUAUGGAGUGGUAGUCUACAGUGAAUGGUAUGGGGGUGUUGUUAUGUCCAGUAGUAGUCUACAGUGAAUGGUAUGGGGGUGUUGUUAUGGAGUAGUCUAUAGUGAAUGGUAUGAAGGUGCUGUUAUGUAGUAGUCUACAGUGAAUGGUAUGAAGGUGCUGUUAUGUAGUAGUCUACAGUGAAUGGUAUGGGGGUGCUGUUAUGUAGUAGUCUACAGUGAACGGUAUGGGGGUGCUGUUAUGUAGUAAUCUACAGUGAAUGGUAUGGGGGUGCUGUUAUGUAGUAGUCUACAGUGAACGGUAUGGGGGUGCUGUUAUGUAGUAGUUUACAGUGAAUGGUAUGGGGGUGCUGUUAUGUAGUGGUCUACAGAGAAUGGUAUGGGGGUGCUGUUAUGUAGUAGUUUACAGUGAACGGUAUGGGGGUGCUGUUAUGUAGUAGUCUACAGUGAAUGGUAUGGGGGUGCUGUUAUGUAGUAGUCUACAGUGAAUGGUAUGGGGGGGUGCUGUAUGUAGUAGUUCUACAGUGAAUGGUAUGGGGGUGCUGUUAUGUAGUAGUCUACAGUGAAUGGUAAUGGGGGUGGUGCUGUUUAUGUAGUCUACAGUGAAAUGGUAUGUGGGUGCUGUUAUGUAGUCUACAGUGAAUGGUAUGGGGGUGCUGUUAUGUCCAGUAGUAGUCUACAGUGAAUGGUAUGGGGGUGCUGUUAUGGAGUGGUAGUCUACAGUGAAUGGUAUGGGGGUGCUGUUAUGUCCAGUAGUAGUCUACAGUGAAUGGUAUGGGGGUGCUGUUAUGGAAUGGUAGUCUACAGUGAAUGGUAUGGGUGUGCUGUUAUGUAGUAGUCUACAGUGAACGGUAUGGGGUUGCUGUUAUGUAGUAGUCUACAGUGAAUGGUAUGGGGGUGCUGUUAUGUAGUAGUCUACAGUGAAUGGUAUGGGGGUGCUGUUAUGUAGUAGUCUACAGUGAAUGGUAUGGGGGUGCUGUUAUUUAGUAGUCUACAGUGAAUGAUAUGGGGGUGCUGUUAUGUAGUAGUCUACAGUGAAUGGUAUGGGGGUGCUGUUAUGUAGUAGUCUACAGUGAAUGGUAUGGGGGGUGCUGUUAUGUGUAGUCUACAGUAAUGGUAUGGGGGUGCUGUUAUUUAGUAGUCUACAGUGAAUGGUAUGGGGGUGCUGUUAUGUAGUAGUCUACAGUGAAUGGUAUGGGGGUGCUGUUAUGUAGUCUACAGUGAAUGGUAUGGGGGUGCUGUUAUGUCCAGUAGUAGUCUACAGUGAAUGGUAUGGGGGUGCUGUUAUGGAGUGGUAAUCUACAGUGAAUGGUAUGGGGGUGCUGUUAUGUAGUAGUAGUCUACAGUGAAUGGUAUGGGGGAGCUGUUAUGGAGUGGUAGUCUACAGUGAACGGUAUGGGGGUGCUGUUAUGUAGUAGUCUACAGUGAAUGGUAUGGGGGUGCUGUUUGUAGCAGUCACAGUGAAUGGUAUGGGGUGCGUUAUUAGUAUCUAGUGAAUGGUAUGGGGGGUUGUUAUGUAGUAGUCUACAGUGAAUGGUAUGGGGGUGUGUUAUGUAGUAGUUACGUGAAGGUAUGGGGGUGCUGUUAGUAGUAGUCUACAGUGAACGGUAUGGGGGUGCUGUUAUGUAGUAGUCUACAGUGAAUGGUAUGGGGGUGCUGUUAUGUAGUAGUCUACAGUGAAUGGUAUGGGGGUGCUGUUAUGUAGUAGUCUACAGUGAAUGGUAUGGGGGUGCUGUUAUGUAGUAGUCUACAGAAGAAUAGCUUCUGCUUCAGCAAAAGCUAAUGGGGAUCCUAAUAAACCAAUAAUGACAUCCUCCUAACUGGGUUUUGGGAUGGGGCUAUGUUGGUUUUGGGAUGGGGCUAUGUUGGUUUUGGGAUGGGGCUAUGUUGGUUUUGGGAUGGGGCUAGUUGGUUUGGGAUGGGGCUAUGUGGUUUUGGGAUGGGGCUAUGUUGGUUUUGGGAUGGGCAUUGGUUGGAUGGGGCUAUGUUGGUUUGGGAGGGGCUAUGUUGUUGGUGGGCUAUGUUGGUUUGGAUGGGCUAUGGGAUUUGGGUGGGGCUAUGUAGGAUUUGGGAUGGGGCUAUGUUGGAUUUGGGAUGGGACUAUGUUGGAUUUGGGAUGGGGCUACAGUGGGGGAAAAAAAGUAUUUAGUCAGCCACCAAUUGUGCAAGUUCUCCCACUUAAAAAGAUGAGAGAGGCCUGUAAUUUUCAUCAUAGGUACACGUCAGCUAUGACAGACAAAAUGAGAUUUUUUUUCCAGAAAAUCACAUUGUAGGAUUUUUAAUGAAUUUAUUUGCAAAUUAUGGUGGAAAAUAAGUAACAAAAGUUUCUCAAUACUUUGUUAUAUACCCUUUGUUGGCAAUGACACAGGUCAAACGUUUUCUGUAAGUCUUCACAAGGUUUUCACACACUGUUGCUGGUAUUUUGGCCCAUUCCUCCAUGCAGAUCUCCUCUAGAGCAGUGAUGUUUUGGGGCUGUCGCUGGGCAACACAGACUUUCAACUCCCUCCAAAGAUUUUCUAUGGGGUUGAGAUCUGGAGACUGGCUAGGCCACUCCAGGACCUUGAAAUGCUUCUUACGAAGCCACUCCUUCGUUGCCCGGGCGGUGUGUUUGGGAUCAUUGUCAUGCUGAAAGACCCAGCCACGUUUCAUCUUCAAUGCCCUUGCUGAUGGAAGGAGGUUUUCACUCAAAAUCUCACGAUACAUGGCCCCAUUCAUUCUUUCCUUUACACGGAUCAGUCGUCCUGGUCCCUUUGCAGAAAAACAGCCCCAAAGCAUGAUGUUUCCACCCCCAUGCUUCACAGUAGGUAUGGUGUUCUUUGGAUGCAACUCGGCAUUCUUUGUCCUCCAAACACGACGAGUUGAGUUUAUACCAAAAAGUUAUAUUUUGGUUUCAUCUGACCAUAUGACAUUCUCCCAAUCCUCUUCUGGAUCAUCCAAAUGCACUCUAGCAAACUUCAGACGGGCCUGGACAUGUACUGGCUUAAGCAGGGGGACAAGUCUUGCACUGCAGGAUUUGAGUCCCUGGCGGCGUAGUGUGUUACUGAUGGUAGGCUUUGUUACUUUGGUCCCAGCUCUCUGCAGGUCAUUCACUAGGUCCCCCCGUGUGGUUCAGGGAUUUUUGCUCACCGUUCUUGUGAUCAUUUUGACCCCAUGGGGUGAGAUCUUGCGUGGAGCCCCAGAUCGAGGGAGAUUAUCAGUGGUCUUGUAUGUCUUCCAUUUCCUAAUAAUUGCUCCCACAGUUGAUUUCUUCAAACCAAGCUGCUUACCUAUUGCAGAUUCAGUCUUCCCAGCCUGGUGCAGGUCUACAAUUUUGUUUCUGGUGUCCUUUGACAGCUCUUUGGUCUUGGCCAUAGUGGAGUUUGGAGUGUGACUGUUUGAGGUUUUGGACAGGUGUCUUUUAUACUGAUAACAAGUUCAAACAGGUGCCAUUAAUACAGGUAACGAGUGGAGGACAGAGGAGCCUCUUAAAGAAGAAGUUACAGGUCUGUGAGAGCCAGAAAUCUUGCUUGUUUGUAGGUGACCAAAUACUUAUUUUCCACCAUAAUUUGCAAAUCAAUUCAUAAAAAAUCCUACAAUGUGAUUUUCUGGAGAAAAAAAAUCUCAAUUUGUCUGUCAUAGUUGACGUGUACCUAUGAUGACAAUUACAGGCCUCUCUCAUCUUUUUAAGUGGGAAAACUUGCACAAUUGGUGGCUGACUAAAUACUUUUUUUCCCCACUGUAUGUUGGAUUUGGGAUGGGGCUAUCCAUGCUUCUCUUCAGGACGCGCUCCAUCAGGUCAUUCCUGAAUCUUUGCGUGCUGGGCUGAUAUAUUGGCCGGGCAAUCCACUGUUUUGAUUUAUUUUGGGUGGACAACAUUGAAUCUUGGAGUGUCUGAAAUGAGGAAAGAGGAGAUGAUAAACCAGUUAAUACAAUGUAAACACAAGGAUGUUGCCAUACAUAUAGGAAGAACAUAUGGGACACUUCUUGGUUUGCUACGUUGCAUUCAGGCUGGAUGCAGUUGAUCAGAUUAGUGUAGUGGAUAUAGUCAGGUCCCACACUACAAAAAGGGCACCAAAGAAACCUUCCACUUUCCCCAAGUCAACCAAAAUAUCCUGGAUGGGCAAUUGGGCUACCUGUCCUUUUGUUAGAAUAGAUGUGUCUGGACAGGCCAAUGAUUGCAUUACCAUCCCAAUAUGACAAAACAAGUGCUAAAGUGUAAACCAGAACAUUGAUGGCAUAUUUUGAGUACUUAACAGCAACGGUUGAGGCUUGUCCUCUAUUCUGGUUCUGAAUGUGAUGUUACUCCAGCAAACAUGGAGUCCGUUCCUUGUGGACUGUCCACAGCAGGCAUGUCUCCUAUCUCAACCAGAGUAAGAAAUAAAGGAAAAGGGAACCGGAAGUGGUGGUAAUCAUUUGAAAUAAACAAAGGAGAACACACUUGAAGAAGGCCGUAAUAGCUGUUCUGUUUUUGUGGCAUGCUGUGAUGAGGUGAUGUCGAAGGAGUCAGGCGCAGGAGGGUAAGUCACAGAAUAACAGGCUUUAUUCCGCAAAUACAGAGCUACACAGAAAUGCGUCAAACACUCCAGUGCGCAAAACAGGCGCACUGGAAAAUACAAGUCACAGGGAAAUAUCCCGGCGAUACAAAAUACAAGGAGCUCCACCGAGCUUAGCUAUCCUCCACAAUAAACAAUCACACACAAAGACAAGGGGGCAGAGGGAACACUUAUGCAGGUACUGAUGAGGGGAUAUGAACCAGGUGUGUGUAACAAACAAGACAAAACAAAUGGAAUGAUGAGAUGAGGAGCGGCAGUGGCUAGAAGGCCGGUGACGACAAAUGCCGAAGCCUGCCCGAACAAGGAGAGGUGGCAGCUUCGGAGGAAGUAGUAACACAUGCAGUCAUCUAUUACAUGGCUAACACUAUGAAGUCAAGUCAAUUUAUUUGUUUCUCAAGAAUGUGGAAAUUGUCUAAUUAGUUUGAAAGUACUUGAAUCAAGUUGAAUAAAGACUAAAAUAAUGGCACCACUCAAUGUUGAAUAAUGAAAAAAGGAGAGCACAUAGUUUUGAGCAUUCUUAGUCGUUUUGUUGUACUCAGCUUUUCUUUGGCUUUGAGAGGAGGACAUCACGAAGGACAUGGACAGCCUAUCCACAAGAGAAUUGACAGGCCUAUCACAUUUUAUCAUGAGAGCAGCUAGCUACUAUUGAAUCAAUCAGAUAAUAUAAGAUCUCAUCAUCACACUUACCCCCAUUCCACUUUGUUCUAGCGUGCGUAGAAUGCCCACUGAUGGGACCGCUUGUAUCCCUCAGGAAAUGUCUCGUCUUAUGGCUUGUCAGUUCCAUUCUCUCAUAAUAGACACAUGGUAAUAAAAAAUCGGAGGAAACUACUAACUUUCUGAGGUCCUUGGUCAGAGUGUUGUUACCUAGCUAGCUAACGUUAUAUUCAUGGCAACUAACAAUCAAAGAGGGUUUAUAAAAAAUUGACAUUUACAAAGCGAAAAACGGUUUUUAGACAUUUUUGCACAUUUAUUAAAAACUAAGAAACAGAAAUACCUUAUUUAAAUAAAUAUUCAGACCCUUUGCUAUGACACUCGAAAUUGAGCUCAGGUGCCACCUUUUUCAAUUGAUCAUCCUUGAGAUGUUUCUACAACUUGAUUGGAGUCCACCUGUGCAUGUCAGAGCAAAAACCAAGCAAUGAGGUUAAAGGAAUUGUCCGUAGAGCUCUGAGAAAGAAUUGUGUCGAGGCAGGGUACCAAAACCUUUCUGCAGCAUUGAAGGUCCCCAAGAACACCGUGGCCUCCAUCAUUCUUAAAUGGAAGAAGUUUGGAACCACCAAUACUCUUCCUAGAGCUGGCUGCUCGGCCAAACUGAGCAAUCGGGGGAGAAGGUCCUUGGUCAGGGAUGUGACCAAGAACCCGAUGGUCACUCUGACAGAUCUCUAGAGUUCCUCUGUGGAGAUGGGAGAACCUUCCAGAUGGAUAACCAUCUCUGCAGCACUCCACCAAUCAGGCCUUUAUGGUAGAGUGGCCAGAUGGAAUCCACUCCUCAGUAAAAGACACAUGACAGCCCGCUUGGAGUUUGCCAAAAGGCACCUACAAGACUCUCAGACCAUGAGAAACAAGAUUCUCUGGUCUGAUGAAACCAAGAUUGAACUCUUUGGCCUGAAUGCCAAGCAUCACGUCUGGAGGAAACCUGGCACCAUCCCUACGUUGAAGCAUGGUGGUGGCAGCAUCAUGCUGUGGGGACGUUCUUCAGCCGCAGGGACUGGGAGACUAGUCAGGAUCGAGGCAAAGAUGAACGGAGCAAAGUACAGAGAGAUCCUUGAUGAAAACCUGCUCCAGAGCGCUCAGGACCUCCGACUGGGGUGAAGGUUCACCUUCCAACAGGACAACGACUCUAAGCACACAGCCAAGACAACGCAGGAGUGGCUUCGGGACAAGUCUUUGAAUGUCCUUGAGUGGCGCAGCCAGAGCCCGGACUUGAACCCGAUCCAACAUCUCUGGAGAGACCUGAAAAUAGCUGUGCAGUAACGCUCCCCAUCCAAUCUGACAGAGCGUGAGAGGAUCUGCAAAGAGGAAUGGGAGAAACUCCACAAAUUCAGGUGUGCCAAUCUUGUAGCGUCAUACCCAAGAAGACUCAAGGCUGUAAUCGCUGCCAAAGGUGCUUCAACAGUAUAGGGUCUGAAUACUUAUGUAAAUGGUUUAUUUCAGUUUUUUAUUUUUAAUACAUUUACAAACGUUUCUACGGUGAAAAUGUUUUUGUUGUUUUGGCUCUGUACACCAGCACUUUGGAUUUGAAAUUAUACAAUGACUAUAAGGUUGCAGACUGUCAGCUUUAAUUUGAGUGUAUUUUCAUCCAUAUCGGGUGAACCGUAAAAAAAUUACAGCACUUUUUGUACAUAGUCCCCCCAUUUUAGCGGACCAAAAGUAUUGGGACAAAUUCACUUGUGUAUUAAUGUAGUCAAAAGUUUAGUAUUUGGUCCCAUAUUCCUAGAAACAUGUUGGAUCCAUUUGCUGUUUGUUUUGGUUGUGGUCCUCUGUAGCUCAGCUGGUAGAGCACGGCGCUUGUAACGCCAAGGUAGUGGGUUCGAUCCCCGGGACCACCCAUACACAAAAAUGUAUGCACGCAUGACUGUAAGUCGCUUUGUUCAGAUAAUUUUGUUGCCAAUAGAAAUGAAUGGUAAAUAAUGUAUUGUGUCAUUUUGGAGUCACUUUUAUUGUAAAUAAGAAUAUAAUAUGUUUCUUAACACUUCUACAUUAAUGUGGAUGCUACCAUGAUCACGGAUAGUCCUGAAUGAAUUGUGAAUAAUGAUGACUGAGAAAGUUGCAGAUGCACAAAUAUCAUACCCCCAAGACAUGCCAACCUCUCACCAUUACAAUAACAGGGGAGGUUAGCAUUUUUUUUAUGCCUCUAACUUUCUCGCUCAUCUUCUAGCAGUGUCAACAAUCUUCACAGUCACGGCUGCAAGGUAAAAAUAUUGCUCUGGACAAGCAUUGGCAGUAUGUCCUCUUUUUCUUUUGUGAGGUUUAUCUUCUCACACUUUUCUUACUUGAUAUCUAGCUAGCAAACACGUUCAAACUGCCGCUGUCUCAGCUGGCCUGCUGUGUUGACACUCGCGCACAGCCUAUGCUUGCGCCCACCAUCACAGCGGAUGAAUGAAAUGCAUAGUUCAGAGAAAAUAGUUUCAAAAAUAACUAUAAUAAAACAUAAUUUCAUAUAUACUUGUAAUGAAUACUUAGAGUACAAAGUGCUAACCACCCAGCUUUUGAAUAGUUAGGUCUAUUUCCCUGCUUUUGAGAGGAGCUGGCUAGUAGAUACUCAUAGACUUCCAACAAUUGCGCUAAGCUAACGAUAUGCUACCUUCAACUUCCUUCAAACUGCACACAGAGACGUACAAAUGGUAUCCAUGACAUGAGUUUGUCUGACUCUGGGUAAGUAGGACAUUACCAAAAAUACCAAAGUAUCCCUUUAACCAUUAGUGGGGAAAAUGUCAAACUGACCCCAGGGGCAACUUCACCUGACUGUUGUGCUGUUAUCUAGGCCUGUUUAGAAUGAUAGAGAUUGAUUCUUUAUUCUUAUUUUUCUUACCAAAUAGGUCCAAUCUGGACCCAUGGAAUCAAUACUCAGAUGCCCAGAUCUGGGAUGCACUUGAGAGGACCCAUAUAAAGGAGAUGGUAAGUAGGGAUAGAUGGGGUAAAUGUUAACAUAAGUAGAGUAGGCAAUACGUCAGUUUGACCCCAAAUAUAUUUAUAAAUGUCUGUAUGCAAAUGUCAAGUAGUCCUUAUGUUGCCAUCAUAUUACAGUGGAGAGAACAAGUAUUUGAUACACUGCCGAUUUUGUAGGUUUUCCUACUUACAAAGCAUGUAGAGGUCUGUAAUUUUUAUCAUAGGUACACUUCAACUGUGAGAGAUGGAAUCUAUAACAAAAAUCCAUAAAAUCACAUUGUAUGAUUUUUAAGUAAUUAAUUUGCAUUUUAUUGCAUGACAUAAGUAUUUGAUACAUCAGAAAAGCAGAACUUAAUAUUUGGUACAGAGAUCAUACGUUUCCUGUAGGUCUUGACCAGGUUUGCACACACUGCAGCAGGGAUUUUGGCCCACUCCUCCAUACAGACCUUCUCCAGAUCCUUCAGGUUUCGGUGCUGUCGCUGGGCAAUACGGACUUUCAGCUCCCUCCAAAUAUUUUCUAUUGGGUUCAGGUCUGGAGACUGGCUAGGCCACUCCAGGACCUUGAGAUGCUUCUUAUGGAGCCACUCCUUAGUUGCCCUGGUUGUGUGUUUCGGGUCGUUGUCAUGCUGGAAGACCCAGCCACGACCCAUCUUCAAUGCUCUUACUGAGGGAAGGAGGUUGUUGGCCAAGAUCUCGCGUUACAUGGCCCCAUCCAUCCUCCCCUCAAUACGGUGCAGUCGUCCUGUCCCCUUUGCAGAAAAGCAUCCCCAAAGAAUGAUGUUUCCACCUCCAUGCUUCACGGUUGGGAUGGUGUUCUUGGGGUUGUACUCAUCCUUCUUCUUCCUCCAAACACGGCGAGUGGAGUUUAGACCAAAAAGCUAUAUUUUUGUCUCAUCAGACCACAUGAGCUUCUCCCAUUCCUCCUCUGGAUCAUCCAGAUGGUCAUUGGCAAACUUCAGACGGGCUUGGACAUGCGCUGGCUUGAGCAGGGGGACCUUGCGUGUGCUGCAGGAUUUUAAUCCAUGACGGCGUAGUGUGUUACUAAUGGUUUUCUUUGAGACUGUGGUCCCAGCUCUCUUCAGGUCAUUGACCAGGUCCUGCUGUGUAGUUCUGGGCUGAUCCCUCACCUUCCUCAUGAUCAUUGAUGUCCCACGAGGUGAGAUCUUGCAUGGAGCCCCAGACCGAGGGUGAUUGACCAUCAUCUUGAACUUCUUACAUUUUCUAAUAAUUGCGCCAACAGUUGUUGCCUUCUCACCAAGCUGCUUGCCUAUUGUCCUGUAGCCCAUCCCAGCCUUGUGCAGGUCUACAAUUUUAUCCCUGAUGUCCUUACACAGCUCUCUGGUCUUGGCCAUUGUGGAGAGGUUGGAGUCUGUUUGAUUGAGUGUGUGGACAGGUGUCUUUUAUACAGGUAACGAGUUCAAACAGGUGCAGUUAAUACAGGUAAUGAGUGGAGAACAGGAGGGCUUCUUAAAGAAAAACUAACAGGUCUGUGAGAGCCGGAAUUCUUACUGGUUGGUAGGUGAUCAAAUACUUAUGUCAUGCAAUAAAAUGCUAAUUAAUUACUUAAAAAUCAUACAAUGUGAUUUUCUGGAUUUUUGUUUUAGAUUCCGUCUCUCACAGUUGAAGUGUACCUAUGAUAAAAAUUACAGACCUCUACAUGCUUUGUAAGUAGGAAAACCUGCAAAAUCGGCAGUGUAUCAAAUACUUGUUCUCCCCACUGUAUGUAUCCAUUGCCUUUUACACCUUCUGAUAGUGUUACUAACGUUGAGAGGUAUUGAUAACAAAUCCUAGACCUGUUUAAGAUUAAAGAUCCCCUCUAGAGAUUUUUGAACAGUUGAAAACGAUAUAUGUGGCUUGUGUUUUGACUCCAUUUUGUCUCUAAUCAUGUUCAGAUCAGCCAACUGCCCCACUCUCUCCAGUCUGAGGUGACAGAGAAUGGAGAGAACUUCUCAGUGGGAGAGAGACAACUACUGUGUGUAGCAAGAGCACUGCUGAGACACAGCAAGGUAAACACACACAGACACAUCCACACACGCACGUGCGCACACACACACACACACACUCUAGCGUCACAUAUCUUUCUCUCCACACCACACACACAGGACAAUAGACAAGGCCAGUUAGAUUGAUUUUCUCUAUUCUGUUACUAUAGUGGAAAGCUUUUGUGCCUCACAUCCUAAUUUUGAGGUAGUCACAUAAGACGGGCAGAAGGCAGCAGCUUCUCCAAGGUGUAACAUUGCCACCACAUGGCUUGUGUUGUUAUGUCACUCUGAUUCUAUAGAAUGCAGUUGGAAAUUCAAUCAACUGAAGAUGAUAAAAUAAGUUUAGGGACUAGUCCUACAUUAUAGUUACAGUGGGGGGAAAAAGUAUUUAGUCAGCCACCAAUUGUGCAAGUUCUCCCACUUAAAAAGAUGAGAGAGGCCUGUAAUUUUCAUCAUAGGUACACGUCAACUAUGACAGACAAAAUGAGGGAAAAAAAUCCAGAAAAUCACAUUGUAGGAUUUUUAUCACGCAUGACUGUAAGUCGCUUUCGAUAAAAGCGUCUGCUAAAUGGCAUAUUAUUAUUAUUAUUAUUAAUUUAUUUGCAAAUUAUGGUGGAAAAUAAGUAUUUGGUCACCUACAAACAAGCAAGAUUUCUGGCUCUCACAGACCUGUAACUUCUUCUUUAAGAGGCUCCUCUGUCCUCCACUCGUUACCUGUAUUAAUGGUACCUGUUCGAACUUGUUAUCAGUAUAAAAGACACCUGUCCACAACCUCAAACAGUCACACUCCAAACUCCACUAUGGCCAAGACCAAAGAGCUGUCAAAGGACACCAGAAACAAAAUUGUAGACCUGCACCAGGCUGGGAAGACUGAAUCUGCAAUAGGUAAGCAGCUUGGUUUGAAGAAAUCAACUGUGGGAGCAAUUAUUAGGAAAUGGAAGACAUACAAGACCACUGAUAAUCUCCCUCGAUCUGGGGCUCCACGCAAGAUCUCACCCCGUGGGGUCAAAAUGAUCACAAGAACGGUGAGCAAAAAUCCCAGAACCACACGGGGGGACCUAGUGAAUGACCUGCAGAGAGCUGGGACCAAAGUAACAAAGCCUACCAUCAGUAACACACUACGCCGCCAGGGACUCAAAUCCUGCAGUGCCAGACGUGUCCCCCUGCUUAAGCCAGUACAUGUCCAGGCCCGUCUGAAGUUUGCUAGAGUGCAUUUGGAUGAUCCAGAAGAGGAUUGGGAGAAUGUCAUAUGGUCAGAUGAAACCAAAAUAGAACUUUUUGGUAAAAACUCAACUCGUCGUGUUUGGAGGACAAAGAAUGCUGAGUUGCAUCCAAAGAACACCAUACCUACUGUGAAGCAUGGGGGUGGAAACAUCAUGCUUUGGGGCUGUUUUUCUGCAAAGGGACCAGGACGACUGAUCCGUGUAAAGGAAAGAAUGAAUGGGGCCAUGUAUCGUGAGAUUUUGAGUGAAAACCUCCUUCCAUCAGCAAGGGCAUUGAAGAUGAAACGUGGCUGGGUCUUGUACCUAUGAUGAAAAUUACAGGCCUCUCUCAUCUUUUUAAGUGGGAGAACUUGCACAAUUGGUGGCUGACUAAAUACUUUUUUUCCCCACUGUAUAAUAGUCCUAAAGAUUGUAAUAUACACAUCCAUAUUCAAAGACCCAAUAUAAUUUGUCCAGUAUUUUCUAUAUUGUUACCUUUGUGAUUGAACCUCUGCAAAGUGUGCUUAAAUGUGACAUACGUUUGGUUGCCAGAUCUUGCUGUUGGAUGAGGCGACUGCAGCCAUCGACACAGAGACAGACCGGCUGAUUCAGGAGACCAUCCGCGAGUCAUUCAGCAGCUGCACCACGCUGAUCAUCGCCCAUCGCCUCAACACUGUGAUGAGCUGUAACAGGGUCAUGGUGUUGGACCAGGGACAGGUGGGUCUUCUGCACCAUAGAAAUAUAGAAUGUGUCUCAAAUGGCACCCUAUUCCCUAUGUAGUGCACUACUUUUGACCAGGGCCUAUAGGGAAUAGGGUGCCAUUUGGGACACAGCCAUAUCAUUCUAUUUCUUCUAUGUUCUGCACCUCUUAGCUCUGUGUUUAUUUGAGAGGGACUUGUAACCAUUGUAUCUAUUGAAUCAUACCAGUGGCUAAUGAAACACAUUUGAAGUCAUAGAGUAUUACCUUAUUCUAAUUCUGGGUUUAUAGUAUAGUGUAAAAUAUAUACAGUGCCUUCAGAAAGUUUUCACACCCCUUGACUUUUUCUACAUUUUGUUGUGUUACAGCCUGAAUUUAAAAUGGAUUCAAUUGAGAUCUUUUGUUACUGGCCUACACACAAUAACCCAUAAUGUCAAGAUGGAAUUAAUUAAAAAUGAAAAGCUGAAAUGUCUUGAGUCAAUAAGUAUUCAACCCCUUUGUUAUGGCCAGCCUAAAUAAGUGCUUAACAAGUCACAUAAUAAGUUGCAUGGACUCACUCUGUGUGGAAUAAUAGUGGUUAACAGGAUUUUUGAACGGCUACGUCAUCUCUGCACCCCACACAUACAAUUAUCUGUGAGGUCCCUCAGUCGAGCAGUGAAUUUGAAAGACAGAUUCAACCACAAAGACCAGGGACGAUUACCAAUACUUCGCAAAGAAGGGCACCUAUUGGUAGAUGGGUAAAAAAAUUAAAAGCAGACAUUGAAUAUCUCUUUGAGCAUGGUGAAGUUAUUAAUUACACUUUGGAUGGUGUAUCAAUACACCCAGUCACUACAAAGAUACAGGCGUCCUUCUUAACUCAGCUGCCGGAGAGGAAGGAAACCACUCAGGGAUUUCACCAUGAGGCCAAUGGUGACUUUAAAACAGUUACAGAGUUUAAUGGCUGUGAUAUGAGAGAACUGGAUGGAUCAACAACAUUGUAAUUACUCCACAAUACUAACCUAAAUGACAGAGUGAAAAGGAGGAAGCCUGUACAGAAUAAAAAAUAUUCCAAAACAUGCAUCCUGUUUGCAACAAGGCACUAAUGUAAUACUGCAAAACAUGUGGCAAAGCAAUUCACUUUUUGUCCUGAAUAGAAAGUGUUAUGUUUGGGGCAAAUCCAAUAUAACACAUUACUAAGAACUAUAGUUCUCCACACUUCAAUUAUAGUGGUGGCUGCAUCAUGUUAUGGGUAUGUGUGUAAUCGUUAAAGCCUGGGGAGUUUUUCAGAAUAAAAAAGAAACGGAAUGGCGCUAAGCACAGGCAAAAUCCUAGAGGAAAAUCUGGUUCAGUCUGCUUUCCACCAGACACUGGGAGAUGAAUUCACCUUUCAGCAGGACAAUAACCUAAAACACAAGGCCAAAUCUACACUGGAGUUGCUUGCCAAGAGGACAGUGAAUGUUCCUGAGUGGGCCGAGUUACAGUUUUGACUUAAAUUAUGGCAAGACUUGAAAAUGGUUGUCUAGGACUGAGCAACAAACAAUUGGGCAAAUGUUGCACAAUCCAGGUGUGGAAAGCUCUUACAAACUUACCCAGAAAGACUCACAGCUGUAAUCACUUCCAAAGGUGCUUCUACAAAGUGUUGACUCAGGGUUGUGUGAAUAUCAGUGUCCAAAUCUGCCAUUUUCAACCCGUAUAUGGGUACGAGUGUAAAGGGUUAACAGCAUAUACUAAACAAAAUAUCUGAUUUACUACUGUACACCUAAGGAAACAUUUCUCUAGUGGGUCAAAAUACUUGUUGGUCAGAACUUAUUUAUUUUCAUUUAUUUUCUUCAUUCCAGAUUUUGGAGUUCGACACCCCUGCUGCCCUGCUGGCAGAUGACAACUCCAGAUUCCGGGCCAUGAUCGAGGCAUCAGACGGCAAGCUCAGUGACACAGAGCAAUGA